AUGUGGUGGUAUCUUGCCAUCGCUUGUCUAAUACAAGCAACUGGGAGCGCAGAAGAACUGAGUGGGAGCAGAGGUUCAAAUCCUGAAGUUCACAUGAAUGUUGUAAGCUAUGUACUCCUUUAUAAAUCUUACGGCAGUGGCAGGCCUGAGAUGGGCCUAGAAUUCAAAUCUGAGGGAGCUGAAGAGCAGCUCUUGUUCCUUCUGUCUUCCUUCCUCCAGUCUAGAACAGGGGUAGCCAACAAGGUGCCCUCAAGCUGCUGUUGUGCUGCUCCAGUUCCCAUGAGCCCCAGACUGCAUGACUAUUUAUCAGGGCCUAAUGGGAGUUCUAGCCCAAGGGACACGGGUGGCGCUGUGGGUUAAACCACAGAGCCUAGGACUUGCCGAUCAGAAGGUCGGCAGUUCAAAUCCCCACGACGGGGUGAGCUCCUGUUGCUCGGUCCCAGCUCCUGCCCACCUAGCAGUUUGAAAGCACAUCAAAGUGCAAGUAGAUAAAUAGGUACCGCUCAGGCGGGAAGGUAAACGGCGUUUCCGUGCGCUGCUCUGGUUUGCCAGAAGCGGCUUCGUCAUGCUGACCACAUGACCCAGAAGCUGUACGCCAGCUCCCUUGGCCAAUAAAGCAAGAUGAGCACCGCAACCCCAGAGUUGGCCAUGACUGGACCUAAUGGUCAGGGGUCCCUUUACCUUUACCUAAUGGGAGUUCUAGCCCAAUAACAUCUGCAGGGGCGCCGUGUUGGCAAUCCCAGGUCUGGAACAUCAAAAGCAUAACUAUUGGUUAAUGGGGUGGGGAUAUGCAAUUGGGAGUGAUGACAAACAAGCCAUGGGGAAAUGCAAAACUUAUUUCUGGUGAUACAGAGGAGUAUGUAGAACAGCAAGGAAAGACGAACAACAGCACUUUCUGUUUCCCUCUUAGCAGUGCUUUUUUUCUUUGAAAAUGUUUAGUGGUACUCUUAUUUUCCUACUCAUAUUGAAAUACUGCCCCUCAAUGUGGCAAAACUUAGAUUAACAGAAAGUUUAGGUGUAUGUGUCCCCCCGCAUCCCCCCCAGAAAAAAAAGCACUGCCUCUUAGUGUAGUGAACCCAAUACAGUGGUACCUCGGGUUACAUACGCUUCAGGUUACAUACGCUUCAGGUUACAGACUCAGCUAACCCAGAAAUAGUACCUCGGGUUAAGAACUUUGCUUCAGGAUGAGAACAGAAAUUGUGCUCUGGCAGUGCGGUGCGGUGGCAGCAGGAGUCCCCAUUAGCUAAAGUGGUGCUUCAGGUUAAGAACAGUUUCAAGUUAAGAACGGACCUUCAGAACGAAUUAAGUACGUAACCAGAGGUACUCAGAUUCUCAGCCAGAUUGUUACCAAACAUUUAAUCCCACAAUUCACCACAUAGAUUAUGUAAAGACUUCUUGGCAGAGUUGGCCAGAGCGGGGAGGAGGAAUGGGACGAGAGUGGGGAGUUUGAUCCUGGGGAGGGACUCAGUGGCCUGUGAGGUGCUGUGCUGGAUGCUGGUUGGCGGGAGAAAGCCCCACCUCAGUACUAUUGGAUGUCCCAAGCACCAAGGGAGGGCUGCUGAUUUGACCCAGGUGUCUCCUUCUGCCAACAAAACACUCCCCAUCUCUGGGGAUGUGCCUGAGUCUGAAUCAGACAGUGAGCCUCCUUCUCUAAGGAUGGGACACCAGCACAAACACCUCCCUCAUUCCCUUAGAAUGGCAAUGGAGCCCACCUGAGAGGUGCCAGAACUGAGUUGGUGAGUUCCGGCAGAAAGAAAGCCUUGCUUACACCUACCCCGUGCUCCUUGGAGCUCAGCAUUAAUGGACUCAUUGUACAAUGGACUCAUUGUAACAUAAUCUAUGUGGUGAAUUGUGGGAUUAAAUGUUUGGUAACAAUCUGGCUGAGAAUCUGAGUAUAGUGUCCAAGAGUGAGAGCCAGGACUUCUGUUCCAUAAUACUGAAAGCAGUUCAGGAACAUUUCUCAAUUCUGAGUGUAGGUUGAGUGAGUAUGAAGGAGGCACAGACAACAUCACAACCUUCUCCAGUCAGACUUCCUCCCUGCUUUUAGAUGUUUUAUCAUUUGUCUUAGUACUUUAAAACAGUAAACUGUUUUGGGUGCCUUUGCAGAAAGACAGUACACAAAGGCAAUGAAAUUAGAUGGUGGUGGUGAUGUGUUGGUACAGCUUCAUUUCAUACUGAACAGGAGCUUAUUGCAAACUAAUUUUAAAGCAAAGAGUGAAAGGGUCUUGUGUGACAGAGUCUACACUUGUUGAAAGUGUCUACACAGCUCAACUGCUUUGUACUCAGGUUGUAAACUUGUUGAACAUUACAUGUGAAUAACACUAUGAUUGUGCUAUUCAACUAUUGGUGUAUGCAAAUAUAUGGAAUGUACACUUGUGGUGACAUCUGUUUAUGGUGUCUUUUAAACAAACACAGAGCAGACACAGGAAGGGCCUCACUUCACAUAGAAACAACUGCUUCCAUUGCCAUAUAGUGACUGACCUAUAUACUGACACUAUCAAUGUACAGUUGUUAGCUAAAGGUCUCCUCUGUGACAGAUUAAAACAUUCUGAAUUCAAACAUCUCAGGAGUUUAUUUCUUCUUCUUUUAGAGCGAGGUGAUUCGCUACAAAGGAUACCCGAGUGAAGAGUAUGAAGUCUUAACAGAUGAUGGCUAUUAUUUGACAGUAAACCGAAUUCCCUUUGGAAGAGAAAAUCUUACCCCUGGAGGUAUCUGAAAAUAUUUUUUUCCUUAUUUAUAGUUCAAAACAAAUUGCUGGCCUAUCACAGUUGCAUAUUAAAAGCCUUAAUACAGUGCAGAAUUAUGUAAUUACUAGAGCUUUACACGAAGCUAUCAGACCCUCAGUCAAGACCCAAAGCGACUGGGCCCAGAAGGUUGUUGCAUGACCCUCUGGAGCCCCAUUGAAGUGCUCAGAAGAGCAUAUGCAGCCUUAAACUGUAUGGGUGAAGGGGCAGGUACAACAGCUUCAUUCCUCAACUGUCUUGUAUUGAGCAGGAAGGUCAGAAAGGGACUGAACACCCUAAAAAGUCUCUCCUCAAAUGAGAGCCCGGCCUUAUCAGGAUCACACGGAGAUGUCCUCUUGGAAGCACAUGGAAAUGUCUUGAGAAAGCAUCCUUAUAAAUUCCCUUCAGACCUCCCAGGUGAGGCAUCUGAUCAAGGCCUGCAUUUUAAAAUGAGCUUAAAGAUAUUUUUGCAAAUGUUUGUAUGUUUCAUGCCAGGCAGAAACCAGCUGGCUAAGUACUUUGGCAGUUGUUUAUCUUCCUGCUCUUCUGAACAAGCCCCCCCCCCGAUUUAUAGCAGUAGCAGGAGACAAGUUUCUCAAAGUUGUAAAAGGGAAUUACAGGCUGGGAGCAAAUGUUACACUGACCCUACAUAUUACAGAAUACAAUCAAGCUGCAAAAACACUAAUUAAGAGUUGGUAAAUAGUAAGAUUUAUUGUUUAACAGAAAAUAGUACCAUGUGCCUCCCAUCAGACUCUAGCCAUAUUUUCCUAAGGUUUAAGGUAUACUGAGAGAGUUAAAGGGCAAUAAAUUUUGGGAAGAGCUAAUGGGAAAAGCAGCUGGCUGGGAAAGAGGGUGUAAACUGAAGAGGCUUCUUUUGAAGCUGUUUUUACUGAGUUCCUUUUUACUUUGCAAAGGCCUUUUCUUCUAAAAGCUAUCUAUGUUAUGUAUGAGAUUUGUUGGCUUAAUGUAAUUAUGCAAAGGAUUUAGAAAGUAAGAAAUGUUAGAUUCUUAUGUUAGAUUCUUAUUUCAUUGAUGGUGUGUGAGAAUGUGAACCCAAGAUCUCUGUUUAGAUAGAAUUUAAUACCAUGAGCCAUUUGUUUCAGCCAUUUGUUUUGGAAUGCAGGGGCAACAGGGGCAAAAGGUGAUCUGGUAAUUAAGGUGCCUUGUCGAGGCAAAUGUAAGAUAUAUGGCUACUUGUCUGCCAUUUAUGGAUAGAAGGAAAUAUAGCUCUUUGUCUCCCAUAAAAGGUAAUAGGAAAUGGGUGUAUCUUUUAUGAUUGGUUCUAGCAAACAGCCAAUAGGAAUUUCAACCAGGCUGAUUGGACAGAGGCAGCCAAAGGAGGAGCAAGGGGGCUGGGCUGAGGAAAUAUAAGUGCUGGCCAUCAGGGCUGGAAGGGGGGGCAGAGCUUUGGUAACCAUAUACCACUGUGCCUAUCAUUUAUUUGUCUGACAAAUAAAUUAUUAUUUUAAUUUCUCUAUUGCUGCGUUGAAUAUUUCAUUCCAGCUAAGCGUUAACCACAAGCAGGGUGCUACACAGGAAGGUCAAUGAUGGGAUGGGCAAGUCCACUUCAUAUCAGGGCCUUGGGAGCAUGGUUUGGCAUUUGCCUGCCUAUUCCCCUUCCCCAGUUUCAGUGCCCACAGAUUUUUUCUGAAUUCUUGAAUAGGGCUUUGUUGACAAGCCUCCUCUACAGUUAAAAUUCAGAUCCAUGCCACUGAAUGAGACUAGAGCAGGGGUCACCAACCUAAGGCCCAUGGGCUGGAAGGGGCCCGCGGAGAUUGUUUGACCAGCCCACGAGCCGCCUGCUCACAUGCUGCGCUAAACCAUUGCAGCGCAGCAUGGGGACUUGCUUCCGUGGUGCUGGAAAUCGCAUCUGCGCAUACGCAGAUACCGGAAAUCACAGGCGCAUGCGCUCACGUGAGAAAGAGAUCCAGCCCAUGAAGGGAUCUCUAUGGGACCGAUCCGACCCAGGCAAGGUAAACCUUGCCGACCCCGGGACUAGAGCCUAACAAACAUACUGAGAUAAUGUACUGUAAUAUAAACUAUAAUCUAAUAAUAUAAACAAGGGAUAUUUGUCAAAAACAUAUUUGUUAUCAUGGCACAGAGAUUCUCACCUGCUUUGUUAUAAUGAUUUGUUUUUUAAACCAGGUCCCAGGCCUGUUGUGUUCCUGCAGCAUGGGAUAUUUGCGGAAGCUAGCUUCUGGGUCGAAAAUCUGGCAAACAACAGUUUUGGAUUUAUAUUAGCUGAUGCUGGCUAUGAUGUUUGGCUGGGGAACAACAGAGGAUCAAGGUGGUCUCGGAGACACCAGAAUUUGUCAACUGACCAAGAUGAAUUUUGGGAUUUCAGGUAUUUUGAACUGUAAAAUAAACAGCCAUAAACAAUAUUAUUUCACACAUUAACUCUGCUGAUCUUCAGCAUUUUAGUGCACUUUCUCCAGAUCAGCACAUUUUUGUAUGCAGUUUUGACUAAUGUACACAUUUUUGCAAGUAGUAUCUCCCAAUAUGGUACAUUUUAAAUGUUAUUUUCACUAAUAAUAUACAUUUUAUGCACAAUUUUACCAAAUAUACACAUUUUUGUAAACACUGAGUGGUUGCCGAACUUAAUCACUCAAAAAUUUUAAGGAUGGCUGAGUUUUGGUUCUCAAAUCAACAAAUUUGAUAAAUUCAGCCUUAAAUGUAGACUGAAUUGAAUUUCUCCCUAUCCCUAUUCAUAUCCCUUUAUGUCAAUAGAUUUGCACUGAGCAAGACUAUGGCUACAAUCUAUAGGCUUCUAUGCAUGUAGCUAUCCUAAGAAAUGAACUGUAGAAACAUAACCCUUUGAAAUAAGGACUACAAAAUUUUGGAUCCCUGCACAAUUCCAGAAUGUGUGGGAAAAAGCAGAAGUCUACACGCAGGGGUUUUUCACAUCCUACAGCCCUAUGUGUGAUUUUCUAUGUCUGAUGCCUGUUAGAAGUAAAACGUGGGUCCUAAGACACUCAAAAUAAAUUCUGAACAAAAUUGGUGAAGCAGCAAAGAGUUUAUUGAGUACAAUACAUUCUUGCAAGAGCGGGUGUCCAAAGUAGGCACACCCCAAAUUGGCAAGGCACAAGUUUAUAUUCUUUAUACCUGAAGCACAGGUUUCCCUUGUUUCCUCAUUGGCUGGAUACAUGCAAGGUUUAUAGCCUAUCAUGACCACCUAGUUAACAUACUAAAAUCCCCACCUUUGUUGACAUCUCCCAUUACUCUAGUUCCAACGACCACUACUCCUGUUUACCUUUCUCCUUAUUUGGUCCAUGUUUCUUAUGUUUUUACACAUUGACUCAAGCAAUAAAGCCACAUCCCAACCACUAGUGGGUGUAACUGAGUACAGAUAAAUCGCAUAACGGCUGCAAACAGCCCUAUCUAUAAGCCUCCUAACCACAAGAUAUGUGUAAGCAAGUUUCUGCUGUCUGCGGUCAUCUAACCGUUGCAGCCUUGUGGCCUUUUGAAAAGGCAACAUUUUUAUUCCUCACAAUGCCCCUUUCCCCUGAUUCAUAUGUGAGAGGACCAUUGUGGCUGGGUGAACCUGCUACUCCUAGUUAGGGAUGGAAGGAUCUGUUGGUUUUGGUUCUCACAGUCUGUCAUUUCCCCCCAAACUUAAAUCUGGUUCUCCACAUAUCUGCAUCAAUUUGAAAAAUUUUUGUUUGACAAGUCUUCAUGGAAAUUCCUCCGUACUUUAGUGCAAAUUUCUCUUGAUAUACUUUGGUGUGCACAUUUUAUCAUGUCAUUUUCACUAAUUUUUAUUCACAGUUUGCAUAAUAUAUGUAUUUUUGUAAACUCUUGAUUGGCUGGAGGAUGGCAUCACAACAUAUGAAUUAAUAUGAAUUUCGAAGGACAACUGUGCUUCAGUUGUCAUUUCAUUUUAGAAAGUGUGAAUUUGAAAAAUUUAGGUUUCAAUGCAAUCUGAAUCAAAUUCCCCCCCCCCAUCAAACACUGAAUGGUUACACUGAGCAGGACGGUAACUAAAAACUAUAGAUCUCUAUGCAUGUUGGAUUUCCACAUAUGUACUGUGGCCUGCACAAUUCCAGAAUGUGUGGAAAGAAGUAGAAGUCCACACACUGAGCAUCUUCACAUCUUACAGCCUGCUUUUAUGUGUGAUGGUUCUUCAUGAGAUUCAUGUAUGAAAUGAAAAAAUGUGUGUGUGUGUGUGUGAGAGAGAGAGAGAGCGAGAGAGAGAGAGAGAGAGAGAGAGAGAUAUGUUUAGUGAUGUUCUGUUGCUGGAAGCCAUCGCUGCAAAAUUAAAGUGGAGAAUAGGGAUGGUGGCGCCAUCACCUGGUUCUGCACCCACAUUUCAAGCAAAACCUUCCAGAAGGCAACUCUGGGUGAACAUCUAGGAGUUCAGAUGAAGAGGUGUCACUAAUUUUGCCAUAACAUUUAAAUAUUUCCUUCAGUUUCCAUGAAAUGGCCCUGUAUGACCUUCCAGCAAUGAUCAACUUCAUUCUGAAGAAAACUGGGCAGAAGCAACUGUAUUACGUAGGCUACUCUCAAGGCACAACCAUUGGUAUGCUAAAUUGGGCUAACCCAUGUUUUUUUAUUCUCUUGUUCUCUCUCUCUCUCUCUCUCUCUUUCUAAGGGGAAAAAGGGGUUUAUGUUCUGCUAUUCUGGAUCCUAGAGCCAGCUGUAAAGAUUCCAGUUUGACCUUAUACUGCUGAUCCUUUUGUGUUGGGAGUCAGCCUUGCCCCAACACUGGUGCUGAAUUGUGAACCAGUCAGUAUCUAUGGGCCUGCUUUCCCUUUGUGACUAUGCUAUGUCCCUGUGAGUUUUCAGGGGGAAAUGAGAAGAUAGCUGUAAGGGUGGAGAAAGUGGUAAGCUGUCCUGUUGACCAGCCCAUGGGCCAGAAAUUGCCAGCCCUUGGGCCAGAUGCACCCCACAACCAGUUUCAACUGGUCCUCUGCCCGCCUCCAAUCAGCAGCUUCUCACUGGGGAGAAAAAGAGGCUUUGACGUUACAGAAUAAAACCUUACCAUGUGCCCCAUGAUCUAUCAUAAGAAUUCAGCCUUGCUUUACAUACAGCUGUGAUCCAGGGUUUGCCCUAUUUAGAUUCAUUUUAGACUUUUACAGUUUAUAUUUAAAAGAGAAAAUCAUUACAAGAAUAACAGAAUAAUCUCAAUUGCCUUACUUUACUGGCAACUGGUUUUAACUUGAUAAGUAGAGAGGGGAGAUGGUCAGGUUUUGCCACCCAUGGCAGAUCUAUUGCUUAGCCUCAAUUGAUCCAUUGAUCACAUAGGGCAGAUAUAGGGAACCAGUGGCCCUACAGAUGCGCUUGGACUCCAGCUCCCAUCAGCCCCAGCCAGCAUGGCAAAUGAACAGCAAUAGAGGGAGUUGUGGACCAGCCAUAUCAGGAGGGCCACAGAAUCCCCAUCUCUGCUUUAGAGUCUAGGAGUAGGCCUUUGGUAAAUUGGCAAAUGAAUUUCGUACUAUGAGCAGUCCUAAAUGCUCACUGUGUUUUUCUCCCCUAUCCUUUAGGCUUCAUAGCAUUUUCAGCCAUACCAGAGCUGUCUCAAAAAAUCAAACUAUUUACCGCCUUGGCUCCUGUGAUUUCUCUUAAGCAUGUGACAAGCCCUGCUUCCAAAUUUUCCUUCCUACUUCCUGACUACUCAUCCAAGGUACACAUUAAUCUCUAUUUUAUUACUGGGAAAUCAAAGAAUACUAGGCCAGCAGGAAUUUAAGAGUAACCUUUCCCUUAACUUCAUAACUAAGAUAGACAAUUGUACCUUUCACCCUCAUAGAGAUUAUGCUAUAAAAGAAAAAGUCUAUAAACUCUAUGAUUCUAUAUAACAAGUUCACAUUUUACAUAACUGUAGUGUUGCUCGGAGAGCAUACUGAAUGAAGGGCUGUUUAGAAAUAUAAGAAAUACAACCUAAAUUUGAGUUGCUAUGCAUAGCAAAAUUUCGGUGUUUUUUUUUUAAAAAAAGUUUUGAAAAACCAACACAGGCUUUACUAUACAUUUCAGUGAGCUGUGGAUUGCUCUUACAGUGCUGAACAACAUAAAGAGAAUAAACCAAGAAAAAAGCCCUAAGGAUUAAAUAUUUCAAUCUGGGUGAGAAAUGUAUGUGUACUUUGUGUUUUUGGUCCACAUCCAAACUAGGAAUAGGUUGUGGGGUUUUUGGUGUUUUUUUUAAAAAAAUCAGUUUGCAUUGUAGGAGAACCUACCUCAUUUGCACAAUACACAAAAAAAGAAGCUCAGCUGCCGUUCAAAAUUUACUCAUCUCUAAAAUUUGGUUCUCCAAGCAGGUUAUGAAUACAAAAAUGCAUAUACUAGGGUAAAAUGUGUAUAUUAUUCCACAUGUUAGCAAAAAUAGCAGACAAAAAUGGUUAUAUUAGGGGAAAUUUAUUUGCAAAAAUGUGUGUGCUAGGCAAAAAUGUACCAAAAAUGUAUGUAUUAAAAAAAAGUCACACUGAAGAAAUUUCAAGAGGACUUGUGCUUAAAAAAAAUGCAAACUGAUUUAGAAAUGUGGAAAAUUGAACUUAAGAGUGGAAUAUGAAAAACUGAGAGAAAUAGAAUCAACAGAUUCACUAAUUCGCACUCCAAACUUCCUGCACUGAGGACUCAGAUAUCCAGCUGCAAAUAUAUCAUUUUAAGUGCAUUACACAGCUGUGACACUAAGUGGUGAUGUUGAGCUUAUGGCAGAUUCAAUAUAUUUUUCAAAGCAUUUUUUUUUAAAGCAUUUUCAGAGACACAUUUAUAUGUGUCGAGAUUCCACCUGAGUUGGAAGAUCUGAAGGGGUCUUAUGAAUAGAUUUGGUGGAACAUGGUUACAAGCCUCCCUCUAAUUGGAACCGGGUGUUAUCAUUGUUCCUGAUUGAGAAGAGGCUUGUAAGUAUGACCAGCUGGGUGCCCUUCUAAAUCCCUUUCAGACCUUCCCACGGGAAGGUGGACCAGGUACGAUCAGCAUAUGGGUCUCUGUUCCCACUCUCCAACUGAAACCUUUAAGACAGGCUUCCUCAAACUCGGCCCUCCAGAUGUUUUGAGACUACAAUUCCCAUCACCCCUGACCGUUUGUCCUGCUAGCUAUGGAUCAUGGGAGUUGUAGGCCAAAAACAUCUGGAGGGCCGAGCCUGCUUUAAGAAGCUGCAACCAGCCACAAAAGAAUUCUAGAGGAACAUAGCUAAUCCCGUAAAUAUUUUUUUAAGGUUAAAUUGUAACACCUUUUGUAUCUUCCCAGAGCAUCUUUGUCAGAGGAGAAUUUGUACUGUUUCGCAAACCCGUGGCAGACUUUUUCAGGAAAUUGUGCAGCGUUACAUUGAUGCAGCAAUUCUGUGCUCAACUCAUAUUCUCACCAGGCGGAUUUAAUGCAACAAAUCUAAAUAUGGUGUGUAGAUUGUGUAAAGAAAACAUAGUAGUUUGCUACUAUGAUUGGUUUGCUACAUGCUCUGAAUCUUCACAAAGCUUCGUUUUUGCAGCAAAAGCUGAGCAUCCAAAGGGUGCAAAAAGCCCUGCGAAAAACUGAAGACUCAGAAUAAGAUGGGAAUCUUGUACAAACUUUAAAUAAGUCUCAGUGAACAGAAUAUGGCUUACUUUGUGAGUAGAUAUGCCUAUGGUUGCACUAGAACAGCCCAAUUUUAUAUAUGUCUAAUCAGAAACAAUUCUCAUAGAGUUGAAUGGGACUUACUCCCAGGAAAAUGGGUUUAGGUGCCAGAAAGUGAGUCUCCAUCUGCACCAUACAGCAACUUACCACUUUAAACAGUCAUGGCUUCCCUCAGAGUAGUUAACAAUCAGUGUGUGGGAAAUAAUAAGAGCCUGUGAGGGGAAUUAUAGGUGUCACCAAACAACUUUCAGCACCCCUAUCAAACUACAGCCCCCAGGAUUCUUUGGGGGAAGCCAUGCCUGUUUUAAGUGAUGUGAUACUGCUUUAAAGUUAAGGUGCAGCUGGCAUCGGAGACAUGUCUCCUGAAGAAAAAUGACCAUUAGACUUUUGGUUCUGUCCAGCCUAUGGCCUUAAAGACAGAAUGCAUGCACUGCCUGCCGAGCGAUAAGCAGGAUGUGGCCAAUUCAUCUCAAAGGGUGAAUCAACUUUAAUGCACCUUGUUGCCUUAACAAUAGUUGCUACUAAAAAGCUGGAAUUUAGCAACAUAAGAAAAGCCCUGGGUUUCUCAUAUUUGGGUCCCCUACCAUUGCUGGACUACAACUCCCCCUUUUUUUUUUAAUUUCACUGAUUUUUCAGAUUGUUGUUUAUUUUCCAAACUUUUCCUGCAGAGUCGAAUAGAUUUGUAUGGAGCUCGCUUUAUGGAUGGAACAUCAGCUAAAUCUAUUGUACACUGGAAACAGGUAGAGUGUUGUAUACUUUUUAGCAGCUGUGAUGGUCAAGAGAGUUCCAUGCUUAUAUGCUCACUCAAAAAUUACAAACUUUCUGAGCCUCCACCAAAGAAUCCUGCAACUAUUAGUGUACUUAACUUUCCCUGGGAAGCCACUACAAUAAUUAAGCCAAUUUAAGAUUCAGGUAGGUAGCCGUGUUGGUCUGACACAGUCACAAUAAAUAAAAAACCUGUCCAGUAGCACCUUAGAGACCAACUAAGUUUGUUCUGGGUAUAAGCUUUCGUGUGUAUGCACACUUCUUCAGAUACAUCUGAAACAGUGGUCCAGUGACUUCUGUUUCAGUGUAUCUGAAGAAGUGUGCAUGCACACAAAAGCUUAUACCCAGAACAAACUUAGUUGGUCUCUAAGGUGCUACUGGACAAUUUUUUAAGCCAAUUUAAGUUGGUGCUAUUGUUCUAAUAUGAGCUUUCUGAACUGACAUGGCUAAAACCUACUUUUGUUUAUUUAGGCAGAGUAGGGAGCUCUUUUCGUCUUAUGAAAAAUGAGUGUUCUGCAAAUCCCUUCAUUUCAGAAAGGGAUUUCUCACAUAAAAUAUAUUUACCCCAAGGGAUAUUUACUGCCAUAGAGAUAAAUUCCAAAAGGAACAGGCAACGUUCAUAAUUAGUCAAACAAGGAUUUUACAGAAAAGAAUAGGUUGGAUCAAAAAUAGUAAUUUUAUUAUUUGUAAUAUGUAUCACAUAAUAUCUAAUGCUAAUAUCCAAUGCUAUGGCUUUCCUAUUAUUUUGAUAGAUAAGAGAUUCAGGCUUAUUCAGAUACUUUGACUACGGGAAUGAGAAUCAGGCAAGAUAUAACCAGGUAAGAGCGAACAAUUUUUGUUCAGUAAAUAUGGUGAAAAUAGAAAUCUGCAUCAAGGACAUGCAUUUACAAUGGUUCUGACUAUCAGCACAACCCAGAUGAUAUUAACUGCUUGGAGUUCUCAUCAGUGUCAAUAUAAGAGUUAAGAAUUCGCCUAAUUUUCUGAUGUUCUUAACAUGGAUUUGCAAAAGUGAUUUGGUGACACAAGCUUAUAUAUAUAUAUCGAUGUAUAUCGAUACAUAUAUAUAUAUAUAUCGACAUAUUUCCAAAUCAGGACAAAGUUGGGUUUUGUUUUGUUUUUUGUCAAAGUUGUUGAGUUUUUUGGGGGGAUGGGGGGAAUUGGAUUUCUAAAACAUUUUUUUCUUUAAAAAAAUGCCCUAGUUGCCAUACAUCUAGGUUUUCCCAGACAUUUUGCCAAUUCGGUGAAAAUUUGCCCAGACCCCAUUUUGACAGUCCAAUUCCGGGAUGUAUGGUAGCCCUAUAUACCUCCCACCAUUGAUCCAUGCAGUUCAAGCUGGAAUGGGUCAUUGUCCCCUCAUUUUAUCCACAUAACAACCCUGUGAGGUAGUCUAGAAUGAUUGUGAUUGAUCCAGGGUCAGUCAGUGAACUUCAUGGUUAAGGGGGAUGUAAACAUGGCUCUCCAAGUACUAAUUAACAAUCUAACCAGUAUACCACACUAGUUCACAGUUAAUGUGAAUGUGAUCUCAUCAAGUGUUUGCCUCCACAUGCUCAGAGAAUGUGUGGUGGGUGGGUGGAGCAUGGCUAUGUACAUUAGAUCCAACCUCAGACCACACAUUUGACAAAGUCUAGAGGAGGAGUCUAGAUGUGUCCAGUUUGUCUCCAGGGAUUUCUCGUACCCCUGCCAGGGAUUUAAUAUGGGACCUUCUGCAUUCAGAGCAGGUUCUUUUCCACCUCCUUAAAUGUGGUGUGAAUCUCCUGACUCCCAAUCUCCUUUUCCUCAGACCAAGCAGCAAAUAGUUGGAGGGUCCUCAAAGCCAUUCCCACCACCCAAACCACUCCCCACUUUCCUUGCAGGAACAAUGGCAUUGGCAGCAAAGAAAUGUGAGGAGAAUUCCCAUCUUCUUCCCACAUCAUCAUGUUAUCUGUGUGAUGAAUUACAGAGAGUGUAGCUCUUUCAGGGAAGCUUUCAAUUGUCAGUCAGGUUGCCUUGGGUUCUCCCUGCCCCCUGCUUGUUUGUUUUGUAAAUGUGUAGGCCACUUCAUGGGCUGAGGCCAUCAAAGUAGUGUACAACAAGCUAAAAGAAAUAAGAUAGAAUACAAAAAAAAUACAAACUCCAGAAAGCAAUAAAUCAGUGCCUACAGUUCCUGGGCUUGUUGUGCAAAACUUUGAAAAACCAGGAGCAAAUCUGUGGAGAACCGCAGAGGAUCCACCCAACCAUAUUUAAAACAUGUUAGCAGACUAUAAGUGUUCUAGGUAGAAAGAAGGAAAAAUCACCCAUCUAUACAAGCCUGUGGACUGUCCACAGUUGGUCUGAAUUGUGUAAAGAUGCUGUCACUAACAACAUUUUUUUAUAAAAAUAAUGAUUCAUUGUCAUUUACUUUCCAGAGCUUUCCCCCUUUGUAUAAAAUAGAGGACAUGACUGUGCCAACUGCAGUGUGGACUGGCGGAAAUGACCUGAUUGCAAGCCCCAGAGAUGUAGCCGUCUUACUUCCUCGUAUCACUAACCUAGUUUACCACAAAAAUAUGACAUACUGGAACCACUGGGAUUUCAUCUGGGGCCUCAGUGCCCCCGAGCUCAUGUACUACAAAAUCAUUAAGUUGAUGAGAUGCUUUAGCUGAGAUGGGAUGCCUUAGCUGAGUCAUGGUUGCUUUAGCUGAGAUUCCUGCAUUCCAGCUCUACAAUUCUAUGAUUCCAUGAGAAUGUCUCUGUAAAGCAAUACAUUCCUAUGAUAAAUUUCAUUUCUUUCCUUUUACACCAAUCACAACAAACACUAUACUUGCAUUGACAGCCAUGUAGGCCACUGAAAUCCACAGUAUUUAAAAGUCCAUUGACAUAUGUUUAAAGCACUCUUAUACCACUUUAACAGUCAUGGCUUCCUGGGAACUCACAGAGCUACAAUUUCAGAGUGGUUUAACAAUCAUCCCUCUACUUAUAGCUCUCUGAAGGGAAUAGUGGUCUUCUAACAGCUCUCUGCAUCCUUAAUAAACUACAGUUCCCAGAAUUAUUUGGAGUAAUUCAUGACUUAGUGUUUUAAGAGUGCUUUUUAUUUUAUUUUAAGUGUAUCAGUUUCCUCACCACUGGUUUGUGUAUCCUUAACCACAUGAUUAAGAAUAUAAGAAUUGCCUUGCUGCAUCAGACCCCAGGAAAAAGGCCAGGAUACAAAUGUGAUAAAAGAAUUACCACCUCACCACACAACUGAUUCCCUGCAUACUACACUUCCAGAGUGUUUAAAAUGUAUGGUGCUGAAUGAAUGUGGCUGCCAGGGUGGGCAGUUAAGGCCUGGACUAUCUGAGUGGGAUGCACUAGGCGGCGCAAUUCAGUUUUGAUUCCCUGAGAGUAAAACUAAAUAGAAGAUAUUGAGUGGGUGUUUCUGGUAAGGAACAGUGACAGCCAUUCUAGGUGAGUAAAGUCUCCCUGAGACUCGGUUUAGAAAAGAGUGUAAAAUUAUCUGCAAAAGGUUAUGUCUUAAACUUUAGUUUUGUGUCUCACAGUUGAAAUCAUCAUGCUUUAAACCUUCAGAGAAUGUAAUUAAAUAAACAUUGAAUUUUGUUCCAGAAGUGACUCCUUAUACUUUGAACUUCAGGGUAGGGAAUGAGUAGGCACUGGGCAGCCUUCACAGAAAUACAAACCUUGUUGCUGUCUUGACCAUCACUACUACAAAUAGUUGAUUCUAGAGCUCUCCUAGGGAUAACAAGGGGAGUUUUAUCUAUUAGCACAUCUACAAAAUUGGUCACAUUACCCACAACAGGAACAGAGGGGCAGUGAAGAAUCAUAGAAUCAUAGAAUCAUAGAGUUGGAAGAGACCACAAGGGCCAUCAAGUCCAACCCCCUGCCAAGCAGGAAACACCAUCAGAGCACUUCUGACAUAUGGUUGUCAAGCCUCUGCUUAAAGACCUCCAAAGAAGGAGACUCCACCACACUCCUUGGCAGCAAAUUCCACUGUCAAACAGCUCUUACUGUCAGGAAGUUCUUCCUAAUGUUUAGGUGGAAUCUUCUUUCUUGUAGUUUGGAUCCAUUGCUCCGUGUCUGCUUCUCUGGAGCAGCAGAAAACAACCUUUCUCCCUCCUCUAUGUGACAUCCUUUUAUAUAUUUGAACAUGGCUAUCAUAUCACCCCUUAACCUCCUCUUCUCCAGGCUAAACAUGCCCAGCUCCCUUAGCCGUUCCUCAUAAGGCAUCGUUUCCAGGCCUUUGACCAUUUUGGUUGCCCUCCUCUGGACACGGUCCAGUUUGUCAGUGUCCUUCUUGAACUGUGGUGCCCAGAACUGGACACAGUACUCCAGGUGAGGUCUGACCAGAGCAGAAUACAGUGGCACUAUUACUUCCCUUGAUCUAGAUGCUAUACUUCUAUUGAUGCAGCCCAAAAUUGCAUUGGCUUUUUUAGCUGCCGCGUCACACUGUUGGCUCAUGUCAAGUUUGUGGUCAACCAAGACUCCUAGAUCCUUUUCACAUGUACUGCUCUCAAGCCAGGUGUCACCCAUCUUGUAUUUGUGCCUCUCGUUUUUUUUUGCCCAAGUGCAAUACUUUACAUUUCUCCCUGUUAAAAUUCAUCUUGUUUGUUUUGGCCCAGUUCUCUAAUCUGUCAAGGUCGUUUUGAAGUUUGAUCCUGUCCUCUGGGGUGUUAGCCACCCCUCCCAGUUUGGUGUCAUCUGCAAAUUUGAUCAGGAUGCCCUUGAGUCCAUCAUCCAAGUCGUUGAUAAAGAUGUUGAAUAAGAUCGGGCCCAAGACAGAACCCUGUGGCACCCCACUAGUCACUCUUCUCCAGGAUGAAGAGGAACCAUUGAUGAGCACCCUUUGGGUUCGGUCAGUCAGCCAGUUACAAAUCCACUGAGUGGUAGCAUAGUCAAGACCGCAUUUUACCAGCUUCUUUACAAGAAUAUCAUGGGGCACCUUGUCAAAUGCCUUGCUGAAAUCAAGGUAGGCUACAUCCACUGCAUUCUCUUCAUCUACCAGGCUUGUAAUUCUGUCAAAAAACGAGAUCAGGUUAGUCUGACAUGACUUAUUUUUCAGAAAUCCAUGCUGACUAUUGGUGAUCACAGCUUUCCUUUCUAGGUGCUCACAGACUGUUUGCUUAAUGAUCUGUUCCAGAAUCUUCCCUGGUAUUGAUGUCAGACUGGCUGGGCGGUAAUUAUUUGGGUCCUCUCUUUCCCCCUUUUUGAAAAUAGGGACAACAUUUGCCCUCCUCCAGUCUGCCGGGACUUCGCCUGUUCUCCAGGAAUUCUCAAAGAUGACUGCCAGUGGUUCUGAGAUCACAUCUGUCAGUUCUUUUAAUACUCUUGGAUGCAGUUCAUCUGGCCCUGGAGACUUGAAUACAUCUAAACUAGCCAAGUAUUCUUGUACUAUCUCCUUAGUUAUUCUGGGCUGUGUUUCCUUUGCUGAAUCAUUUGCUCCAAAUUCUUCAGGUCGGGCGUUGUUUUCUUUAUCGGAGAAGACUGAGGCAAAGAAGGCAUUGAGGAGUUCAGCCCUUUCUGUGUCCCCUGUUUGCAUUUCACCAUCUUCUCCUCUGAGUGACCCCACUGUUUCUUUGUUCUUCCUUUUGCUACGAACAUACCCAUAAAAGCCUUUUUGUUGCUUUUAACCUCUCUAGCAAGCCUGAGUUCAUUCUGUGCUUUAGCUUUUCUGACUUUGUGUCUACACGUGCUGGCUAUUUGUUUGAAUUCCUCUUUGGUGGUUUCCCCUUUUCCAUUUUUUGUACACAUCCUUUUAAAAUCUUAACUCAGUUAAAAGUUCUUUAGAUAGCCACCCUGGCUUCUUUAGGCACCUUCCAUGUUUCCGUCUCAUUGGUAUUGCCUGACGUUGUGCUUUUACUAUCUCCCUCUUAACAAACUCCCAGCCAUCAUGAACUCCCUUUCCUUUUAGUAUUACUGUCCAUGGGAUCUCACCCAGCACUUCCCUAAGUUUUAUGAAGUCAGCUUUCUUAAAGUCAAGAAAUUGAGUCCUAGUAUGCUUGGCUGCUCCUUUCCGCUGUAUAGUAAACUUCAGAAGAGCAUGAUCACUUGCGCCUAAUGAUCCUUCCACUUCUACCCCACUAACCAGGUCAUCAACAUUGGUUAGGACCAGAUCUAAAAUGGCUGUUCCUCUUGUUGCUUCUCCCACUUUCUGGACAAUGAGGUUGUCUGCAAGGCCAGUGAGGAAUCUGUUUGACCUUAUGCUCUUGGCUGAGUUUGACAUCCAACAAUUAUCCGGGUAAUUGAAGUCCCCCAUUACUACUAUUUCCUUCCUUUUGCAUGCUUGGCCAUCUGUUCCAGGAAGGCAUCAUCUAUGUCCUCCGUUUGGCUUGGGGAUCUAUAGUAAACUCCCACAAUGAGGUCACUGUUAUUCUUCUCUCCCUUAAUUUUGACCCAAAUGCUCUCACUUUGGCUUUGAGGUUCUAAAUCUUGGAUCUCUUCACAGGUAUACACAUCCCUGACAUAUAACGCCACUCCUCCUCCUUUCUUGUCUGGUCUGUUUCUCUGAAAUAGAUUGUAUCCCUCCAUUAUUACAUUCCAAUCGUGGGACUUAUCCCACCAGGUUUCAGUGAUGCCUAUUAUGUCAUAUUUAGUUUGCUGUACCAAGAGCUCAAGCUCAUCUUAUUUAUUUUCCAUGCUUUGCGCAUUAGUGUACGGACAUUGAAGUCCAUUAAUCAUUCCCCCGUGUCUCUUAUUUAAGGAUUUUUAAAUAGAAACUGCGACUUUCUAUCUUUAUCUAACAAAAUAAAAUUACAUACUACAAUAGCUACUGGACUGAACGUUGUUUGAACGUCGGCAGGCAUAUUACCCAUGGGCACCUCACUCCAGUGUCCCCAGUCUUCAAGAUCACCUCCCCAAAAAAACCCACCCUAGGGUGAUUUCUAUUUCCCAUUAAAUAUAUCUUUCUGACAUUUGGCAGCUUUCAUGUCCUCAAAGGGAUAAACAUACCUGCAUCAAAUUCUGGGAGAAAUAUUAUAGCUGGAGGUUUUUACUUACUUUUCUUUUCUUUUCUUUAAAACAUACAUUUUAAAGGCUCCAUGCACCCACCCACAUCCUCUGAUGGACUCGUUUGAAAUCUAGUUUAGCGCAAAUGGUCAACAGUUGUUUCUUUUGAGUGCUUCAACAGUACAACAUAGUAUCCUGGACAUUUCAGUGUGAGCUUUGGAGAGUGAUAUUACACAUUUUGAGGACCAUCUGCAACAACGAACCUUCAACUCACUAUGAUUGAAAAGAAAAUGAGGGAGAGGGAUACCGGCAGCUUCAAGAUGGCAAACCAACCUGUUGCAGUAAAAGAUAUGAGGCUGCUGGAUAUAAAAGUGGGACAGUUGCCAACCUGGUUAGCAAUGCGAGAUGGCACCCCAGUUGGGCUUGUUAUAUGUGUCUGGGGAGACUAUAACAGAUUUGUCAAGAAGUACAUUGAUGUGAAGAAAAGAUGAUAACUGCCAAUGUGUUCGUCAGCUAUGUCUGGAACUAUGACCAUAUAAAGCAUGAGUGCUGGAGGAAGUCUCACUGAAGCCUGAUGGGCCGGAAGAAUACAAGCUGCCAUACUGUGACUCGUAGUGGGAGCUUGCUUCAACUGAAUACACAUUGGUUCUAACCUUCUAGGCACACCAGCAAUUUCUGUGACCAAUAAUAAAAUAUUUAUUUUCAUAGGGUUGCCAUAGGUCCUGGACAUAACUGGGAUUUGGCCAUCGGAAAUAGUGUCUGGGCAUAAAUCCCUGAGAUGUAUGGGAAACUCUGGAGGUAUGGCAACCCAUCUCGGGGGUGGGUGGGAGCUCAACAACUUUCAUGUCUGGAUUUUCACUUUCUAAAAUAUGGCAACCCUACUUUCAAAAGGGGGGGGGCAGGAGAAAAUGGAGGAAGGCUGAAAAAGACAAAUACUGUAUAACAAGCAAGCAAGGGCCAGCCAGUAAUUGAUCUAUGUCAUAGGCCAUCACAACAGGUCUACUUUUAACUGUUACUCUAAGUGGGGUAACAAUUGAAACCCAUACAGUUCUAAUUCUCCCCCAAAAUACAACACAGUCUCAAUCCUGACAGGCAUUUUUCAGGACUAAAGAUCACAAAAACCAGUUUCCUUAAGUCAUUCUCCUGUCUUUCAUUUUUCUAAAUGAACCAAAAUAGCACUGAAGUUUGCCUCUUAUUUUGGUCCAAAGUGUUUUUAAAAAUCUUACUAGAAGUUUAUUCUCUUGCCCUUCGACUGAUGACUCAGGUAUUUGUUCAGGAAUACACCUUAGGAGCCAACAAAUUGUGAUGACUACCUUUUCAUUAAGAAGCUUAAGUAUUUUAUUUCUUUCAUAUAAUUCUUUUUAAAUUUUCAUUUCAUUUCUAUACCACUUUAUAUUUUCCAGGAAAAAAAUCUCAGAGCCAUUUGCAACACAUUAUAACAUCAAACAAAACAAUCCAUAAUAAAACAUUACUGAAGAAAGUCAAACAUAAAGUAUACAUUCAAAGCAAUGUAGUUAACAGGAAAAAUGAAGCAAUGGAGGCGGUUGGAGGUUGGAUGGCGGAUAACAGAUUGAGGUUGAAUCCUGACAAGACAGAAGUACUGUUUUGGGGGGACAGGAGGCGGGCAGGUGUGGAGGAUCCCCUGGUCCUGAAUGGGGUAACUGUGCCCCUGAAGGACCAGGUGUGUAGCCUGGGAGUCAUUUUGGACUCACAGCUGUCUAUGGAGGCACAGGUCAAAUCUGUGUCCAGGGCAGCUGUUUACCAGCUCCAUCUGGUACGCAGGCUGAGACCCUAUCUGCCUGCAGACUGUCUCGCCAGAGUGGUGCAUGCUCUGGUUAUCUCCUGCUUGGACUACUGCAAUGCGCUCUAUGUGGGGCUACCUUUGAAGGUGACCCGGAAACUACAACUAAUCCAGAACGCGGCAGCUAGACUGGUGACUGGGAGCGGCCGCCGAGACCAUAUAACACUGGUCUUGAAAGACCUACAUUGGCUCCCAGUACGUUUCCGAGCACAAUUCAAAGUGUUGGUGCUCACCUUUAAAGCCCUAAACGGCCUUGGUCCAGUAUACCUGAAGGAGCGUCUCCACCCCCAUCAUUCUACCCGGACACUGAGGGCCAACAUCAAGGGCCUUCUGGCGGUUCCCUCACUGCGAGAAGCCAAGUUACAGAGAACCAGGCAGAGGGCCUUCUCGGUAGUGGCACCUUCCCUGUGGAACACACUCCCACCAGAAGUCAAAGAGAAGAACAACUACCAGACUUUUAGAAGACAUCUGAAGGCAGCCCUGUUUCAGAAAGCUUUUAAUGUUUGAUAUAUUAUAGUAUUUUAAUAUUUUUUUGGAAGCCGCCCAGAGUGGCUGGGGAAGCCCAGCCAGAUGGGCGGGGUAUAAAUAAUAAAUUAUUAUUAUUAUUAUCAUCUUAAAGAUUUCAAAACAAAACAUUGAGGUAUGAAAGAUAAUGGCAAAACAGAUUGGAAGUCAAACGCCUUGCAACUCAAACAUUUUGGCUCCUGAACACCGCAAAAGUGAGUGUUCCGGUUUGCAAACAUUCUUUGUAACCCGAAUGUCCAACACGGACAUUCCAAUUGGAAGUCACACCUUAGUUUCUGAACAUUUUGGAAGUUGAAAGGACUUCUGGAACAGAUUCUGUUCGACUUCCGAGGUACAACUGUCGUUUGUUUGGCAAAGGUCAGGUGAUAUCAGCAGACAUUCCAAUUUUCCAUGUCUUAUCAAAAAGUUUCAAUGCUAAAACCAGCAAUCAAGAUUCACUGACACACUUUGAAAUAAAACUGUCAUGAGUCAAGCACAACCCUGUCACUAGAGUUGCUUGUUCUUCAUAAAGGAAUUGCAAUAGGAAUUUGCAGGGGGGGCAUGUCAGUGAGAAAUUCAAGGAGAGCUUAAUUCAAGUCUUAGAAGACAAUGGAGGCUUGUCAGGGCAAACUACUUCCAAGAGGGAAUGUUCUAGGCCUAAGUGAGAAUAAUAUACCUGUAGACAUAUCUAUAUAGACUUAUCUAUUUCUUUUAAUGAUGUAUUCUUUGCAUGGCAUUAGAAUUCAUAUUCCCUAGAGAGAACAAAACUGGCUUGAACCUGCACCUCUUUGGGAGCCAAGGCAUUUGGAUACAUCACAUUUCAAGCUAAAUUCCUUGGAACAUUCAAGUCAUUUCUUAAAGAUAAAGAGACUUUGUCAAUUCAUAAAGAUGCACUUUAAAAGAGGGUUUAUUGCUUUCAUCCACAGAGUGAGCUUAGAUUCUCCCCACUUUUGCUUUGCAUUUGAAAGCUAUCAGCAACUAUCAUCUCCAUUAUAUGCAAAUUCAACAAUAAACGACAGGUGUUAUUCCAAUCCUACUAAUGAUUCUAGCUGUUUACAAUGGUUUUUAAGAUAAAUUAUAUAUUUUCCCCAUUCCUUAUUAAAAUUUUGGUCUUCCUGAUUUCUGAUUCUUCUGGUCAUUUUUUGCCAUUUGGCAUAAUCCAUCAAUGCGGCAUUUGAUUGGCAGCCUCUUUCUCCCAUCUCCAUCCCAGCUUUGCAGAGAGUUCCGGCUUCGUGGCAUGAGCCAGAUUUAGGACCCAGGUGGGUCUGAUCCAGCCCAUGGGCUGUAGUUUGCUGACCCCUAUUUUAAACAUUUUUUUUCAAUUCGUUAGAUAUCAUUUCCCAAAAUUCUUUUACUACUUUACAUGUUCACCACAUAUGAUAAAAAGUGCCUUCGGUAACUGGAAAUCUCAGGUGGGCAGAGUACAGUUGUGCCAAUGUCCUGUUUGCAGGCUUCUGACAAGUAUCUGGAUGGCCACUGUGAGAACAGGAUGCUAGAGUAGAAGGACCAGCAGCCUGGUCCAGCAAGCUCUUUUUAUGUCCUUAUAUGCUAGCCAAGCAAUCGUGAUAAUUGAUAUAUUUCCCUGAAACUCAUCAGGGCAUCUUAGCCAAAUUAUCAAAACUGAAAUACAGCCUUUCUUUGACUCCAAACAUAAAUGGGAAUGUGUUUCAGAUGCCUUCCGACAACAGAAUCCUUUGGCCCUUUCAGAUCUUUUAGCAAUGAUCCUAUGUCUCUGGAUUACAUGCUACGAGUCUUAUGACACAGAUUAUUUCCCUUGUAAUGUACAAUAGCAGAGAUAACUGUCGAGCAAAAGACAUUCCUCAGGUUACAGGUAAGUAGUAGCUAAGGGGAUGUUCACUGCCCAUGCAGCUAAUGAUUACAAAGAAAAGGUCAUAUGUGACUGGCGUCACUUAUCUAUCAUCUUUACCUUAUGUUUUUGGUAUAAAAGAGGAGCCAAGAAUGUCCAUCAUCAAAGUAUUUGAACUUUUCAGCAGAGCAAGUGACUUUUGCGAAAGGUUCACUAACCUUUAUUUUAUUUGUUUUAGAGCUGCAUGGAGCCACAUGUGGAGAUGAAUGCUUGUGUGAAUUUUCAAGAUGAACAAACUGAGAUGAACAAAUUGAGAAAUGUUAUAACUUGUUUCCUCCCCCCCCCCCUUAUUCAUCUUUAAAGUAAUGUGAGAAAAGAAUGAGAAGGGCUUCAGAAUGCCAUGUGUUUGGAUUCAGAAUAACCUUAAUAACAGCGUAGAACAGAAUGUGAUGUGUGUUUAUGUAGACCUUGAGCACAGAAAUCUAUUCUAAGGUGUGUAUUUAUAAGUUGGAUCUACAGGAAAUAAGUCACUUUUUAGGUCCACUGAAAUCAAAGCAUGACUGAAUAGCUUGGAUUUCUGUACUGUGGCAAGACGUUUACUAUUUUAUGGCUUCAUUGCCACAGGUAUGGACAUCAGUAUUAACUUGCAAUUCUGUUUUGAGAACAAGCCAUCUGUGCUGCCUCCUGUGGGCACAAUUAUUUAGUUGAAUCUGGCCAUAUAAUUUUACUGUUUGUGUUACCAUAUUUAAAUGUUUGCCCUGGGAUCCUUUGGAGGAACACCAGUUUAUACAUAUUUUAAAUAAAUAAAUGCAAAAGCCCACACUCAGAUCUGAGUAUAUUACAGGGACACAAGUAUAGUGACUAUACCUGUAGAUACUAUUUGCAUUUCCCCCAAUGUGUCUUUCAUUCGCAGGGCUUUUAAAAGGAUUUCUGUACCCACUAGAAUCAUUCUUCUCAGUACUAAUUGACUAAUACAGAGCACCACUAUUCACAAAUCUAUGCUCUUAUUGUUACCCAGGAGCAGGAUGUGGCCAUUUAUCGAUUUUAUAUGUGUGUCCCAAGGACUUGCACAUUCAAAAGAGCAAGUGAGAUAAAAGAGAGCUGUGGAUCCUGAAGCAUUCAUGAAUACUGUAAGUUGCCUAGUGAUAAUUGUUCAAAAUUAAUAGGAUACAUCAUCAUUGUCACUAGCACACUUCUUCAAGUAAAAAAAACACAAAAACCAUCCUUUUAAAGUCCUCUUCUACAUUCAUUCUAUCUCCUAGAACAGGAAUCAGCAAACUUUUUCAGCAGGGGGCCGGUCCACUGUCCCUCAGACCUUGUGGGGGGCCAGACUAUAUUUUGAAGGGGGGGAGGAACAAUUUUUGCCUGCCUGCAAAGAGGCCUGAAGAUGCUUCACUUUACCUGUCCCAGUUGUCAUCCCAAUAGCCGCAGAUGGGCUUCUCCAGCCAGCCAGGCACUGUGGUGGGGUAGGAGGCUGCAUUGGCCAGUGAAGACAGAAGCAGCAGCCCUGGCGGAGGAGCCGUGGACGGAGCUAGGGGAACUGGGGCGUCGCUGGAGCUUUUACCCACCACCUGCUGCUGCUUCCUGAGAGGCACUGCGGCGAAGAAGACAGAGCCGCACGCCAACCCGCAAGCGGCGGCCGCAGCCACCGCAACAAUCUGCCUGAAUGCCAUGGGAGGAAUGAAGGAGGGAGGCAGGCAGGUGGCGGCAAAGAAGGCGCGCGAGAAAGCGGCUCGGAAAAGGGGUGCCAAGAAGGAAGGAAGGGCAGACUAAGGCAGAGGGGGGGGGAGGAGCAGGAGAAAAAUGCAGCAGCAGCCCUUCACAGCACUGCCUUGCUGGAGUGGGCAGGCAGGCAAGCUGACUCUCGCCAUCGACGGCGCCUGGUGUGGAACAAGAUUGCUCCGUCCCUGAGGAGAAAAGCACCACCAUGUGAGGGAGAGGGAGGGAGAGGGAAAGGUCACAUGCGCUGGCGAUCCAUGCGGCGAUUCCCGGACCAUCUGUGGGCUGGAUCUAGAAGGCAAUUGGGCCUGAUUCAGCCCAUGGGCCUUAGUUUGAUGACCCAUGUCCUAGGACAUCCAAACCAACUACCAACUAUCCAUCUCAUGAGCAAGUUGAAAACCUGGCCAUUGUGGCAGAUGAAGAAAACCUGGCCAUUGUGUACAAGGAUCUGCCAAUAAAAAUCAAAGGAUAUUAAAUAAAUUCCUGACAGAUGCACCCUGCUUUCCCCUGUCUUCUUUAACUCAUGCUUCUCCACAUCCCUGGCUCUAGUCUAGUUUAUUUAUCUACCCAGUCCAACUUGAAAAGGAAGAUAUCACUUCAGAAAUCCAGAUAAGAUGUGUUACAAUAUAAAUCUUUCAAGGAGGGACUAAAAUCCCUCUUUCAGAAUGAACUUAUCAUCCACAAAGGCUACAGAAGGUGACAGAAAAUGGCUAUAUUCAGAGCAUAAACAGAAUACCAUUUGGCAUUGAGAGUCAGCGGAAUUCAGGUAUGAUUAAUUUGUAUGCUGUGGAAUAUGAGAAACGUCAGUUGUAAUGUAAAAAGUGAAUUCAAUGCACCUUCUUCAGCCACAUUGCAAGUCUGCAGUCACAACUGAAUUGAUGGACAAGCAUGCUAACAAAUCUAAUGCUGGUUGAAAGCAAACACUUUUGGCACUUUCUAGGGCAAUGCCAACACUUGACACUCUUGGGCAAUUACUAGGCAAGACCUUCCCAUGCUUACACCUGACCUGAUCAAUAUUGAUUUGAUCCACCCUUAAAAUUUCCCACAGUAAUCCAAAUACAUUGUUACCGCCAAGGAUGCAAAUCUCUAUAGCAAUCUUCCUACUAAAUUCCUGACCCCCUCCUUAAUCUUGAUGAGAAGCAAGAGUUAUACUAGCAACUUUGAUAUAAGUGGGUGCUUGACGCGAGCAAGAUUUGAUCAGGUUGGAAACACCAGCCUAUUUAAAAUUGAUUCUUCCUCCAUUCUGCUGCAAGGCAUUCCAGAAAAUGUAAAUAGCCACCCACUGCUGCUCACCCCACCAAUCUAGCAGGGUGUGUAACAAAGGAUGCUCCAAUUCCUUUCCACCCACUCCCUUCUCUCUCCCACUUUUAUUUCCGCCUUCUCACCCCCUCUCUCAAUCACUAAUAAAAGCUAACAUGACAUUUGCUUGAGACAUCCAGCUGUGUGGUGCAUUGUUAAGCUUUCCCAAGGAGAAAACAGAGAAGGGAGUUGAUGGGAAAGUGCAAGACUUGAUGGCCUUCAACCAGGAUUUCAUUGGUUGGCAUCCAAUGAGGCAGAUUUCAUAAUGACAUUUGAUGCUUGAAGGGGAUGUUUUAAGGAUGUGUUAGUGAUGAAACCCACAUUUUAUUACAUUAAUUUGAAUACUGUUACACACCCAUGUUGUGGUAGGAGGGAGUGGAGUUAUUACAUAUAUUUUGAAAUAAAAUUCUCAAAAUCUGAAGGAUUUUUGUUGAGAUCCCCCGUCUGUAGAGUACACCAGCAGUGGUGUAGAAAUGGGGUAGAUUAAAACCACCCUCCCAGGAAUGGUGUUGCUGUAAUUGCUGAGUUAAACCAGGAACAAAGCAGUGGUGAAAUCCACUUUGGCUUGGUGAUGGCAGUAUCCCAGCAACUGCAUGUGCACCUACAGGCUGCCACCAACCCACAUUUCCCCACACUUGCUGCCUCCUUAGCUCGCUCCAUUCCCACUGCAGUGCUACUGCUUCAAAGGGACGGGUGCUACUUCACCCCUUCAUUAUGCUUCUCCUAGACUACAAAUAGUUCAAGCUGUAGCAUAUUAUUACAACAUGUUAUGCUUAAUGCUUAAUGCUUAAUGACUAAGAAAAGCAUUCUGUUCCUUCUCUAGUUUUGAAACCUGUGGUGUUUCGCCAGCGUGUUUUGUUGGGAGAUGGAAGCAACUGGGUCACUCAUUUUGCCCACAACUGUCUGGGCUUCAUCAUUGUGGAUGCUAGCUAUGAUGCUUGGAUUGGAAACAGCAGAGGAAGCACACGGUCCACAAGGCACCAAAAUCUGACUGUCAGACACACAAAAAUGGGGGCUUGUGUGUGUGUGUGUGUGUGUGUGUGUGUGGGUGUGUGUGUGUUUAAAGCCUAUUUACCCAACUUUUCAGAUAGAAAGGUUCUCAGAGUAGCUUAUAGGUCAAUUAAAAAAAUAAUCCAGCCAGGCUAUGACAUCUGUCAAAAUAUCACCAGCGCCACAAUUUGUGGGGGAAGGAAGUACACCCUUUAUCUGUAUAGGCUGAAGCUGACUAUUACUUAAUAUUUUUAUUUAUUAGUUUUAUAUACCACCCUUCAUCAUAAUCUUACGGAGGUUCGCUAUGUUUUCCCAGGAAGAAAGACCUUCUUCCAAGUUGAUAGUUAAAAGAUUUCACUUCUGAUGGAAAGCGGUAAUGCUACCAAAUCUUGGUAAUUACGUAAUUCAGAAUGCGAAUUUGGUACUUCUGUGUUUGUUUGUUUUUAAAUAAUAUUUAUUAUUUUUCCAAAAACUUAAACACUAAAAAGAAAAAAAAAUACAAUACAACACAUCAAAUUAACAAAACAAGACAAAGACAAUAAAAUAAAUCAAACAAUUUCAUUAUCCCAUCUUUCAUUCACUUAUUUCCACGACCUCCUCACACCUCCCUUUUUGUAUUCCACUUCUGUUAAUUAUUUCAGCAAUUCCUUUCCAUCUUCCUUGUUUUCUAUCCUAUAAUUAUCUUAACUCAUUCUAACCUUAUUUUUUCCUUUAAUGCUCUAUUAACCUAUCUGUACUUAAUUCCUUAUAAUAUUUCUACUAAAGCCAUAUAACUUCAUUUCAACAUUUUUCUAACAUUCAUUAAUUUUACAAUAUUUCUGUAGAUAGUCUUCAAACUUUUUCCAAUCUUCUUCCACCGACUCUUCUCCCUGGUCUCGGAUUCUGCCAGUCAUUUCCGCCAGUUCCAUGUAGUCCAUCAACUUCAUCUGCCAUUCUUCCCGGGUGGGCAAAUCUUGUGUCUUCCAAUACUUCGCGAUGAGUAUUCUUGCUGCUGUUGUUGCAUAUAUAUAAAAAGUUCUAUCCUUCUUUAACACCAAUUGGCCGACCAUGCCCAGGAGAAAGGCCUCUGGUUUCUUCAGGAAGGUAUAUUUAAAUACCUUUUUCAUUUCAUUAUAAAUCAUCUCCCAGAAUGUCUUAAUCCUUGGGCAUGUCCACCAAAGGUGAAAAAAUGUGCCUUCAGUCUCAUUACAUUUCCAACAUUUAUUUUCGGGCAAAUGGUAAAUUUUUGCAAGCUUGACUGGUGUCAUGUACCACCUGUAUAUCAUUUUCAUAAUAUUCUCUCUUAAGGCAUUACAUGCCGUAAAUUUCAUACCUGUGGUCCAUAACUGUGCCCAGUCAGCCAUCAUUAUGUUAUGUCCAACAUCUUGUGCCCAUUUAAUCAUAGCUGAUUUCACCGUUUCAUCCUGAGUGUUCCAUUUCAACAGCAAGUUGUACAUUUUUGACAAAUUCUUAAUUUUGGAAUCUAGCAAUUCUGUUUCCAAUUCAUUUACCUUCCUCCACCUUCUAGUUUACCCCUCCUUUAUAUAAAGUGGAAGAUAUGUCUGUACCUACCGCAGUUUGGUCUGGAGGAAAAGACCUGCUCUCAGACCCGACAGCCAAACCAAGAACCUUGUUUCUACCCAAUUCAUUCCCAAUUCAUCUGGAUUUUGUCUGGGGCUUGGAUGCAUGUCAAUGGAUGUAUAAUGAAAUCUCCGAUCUGAUGAAGCAACAUGCUUAACCCAGUGCCCAAAUGUGUCAGCACUGACUCAAUUUAUUUUUGAGUCAUCGCAAACAAAUCUGCUACCAGGUGUCCUCAAUUCCUCCGCAGAAUUAAUUAUUAUUGAAUAAUGAGCAUGAAUCUAAAGCCACAUCCUUUACAGAAUAAAUCUCUUAGCAUUCUGAAAAGGCCACACUGAUUUGCGUCACUUCUGUGAAGGUUCUUGUCGAGCCUGGCAGAUCUCAAGCCUUCUAGUGAGGGGUGGGGGGUGGGGAUGGGGAUGGGAGAACGGGUCAAUUCUAGGAAGUACAGAAAGGGAUCUCCGAAGCCUCUUGACUGCUGUAUGUGCUAUAGAGAGAAAAGAGGGGAAGAUGGGGCUCACCAGCCUGAGCCCCAUCUGCCCCCCAUCCAGGAGAAGGAAAACUCUGGUCCUAAAGCUCUGCUGCCUUGCAAGAUUUCUUUGGGAGAAGAAAAGGCUAAGGAGCAAACCCUACACAAGAGUGGAGUCCCUAAGACAAUUGGAUGCCACCUUCUACGCUUCCAUCUGGCAACACCUGCAGCCAAGUUGGUGUCUAAUGGGUUGCUCUGCUUUCCUUUGGACCACAUCCGUGAGAGACUGAGAGUUGGGUCUUGUGGUCUGGGCAGCCCAGGACCUCCACACACUCUCUCCAGGCCUGCGCCUUACUUCGGUGCUGCUAACGCAGUGGCUUGACUUCAGCCCCCGAGGCGCACUUCAGCCUCCGAGGCAGAAGGAUGCCAACACAAAGCGGAAGAGAUAGUUUACGUCAUUCAACAGUUUCAUGUGAUAUUAGCAUCGUGAGCUGCAAAGGGGAGAGGCAGCCUUUCCAUUUGCUUCGCUUUGUCCUGCUUGCCGGCUGCGAUCAAACGCAUGUUGUAUUUUUAGACGGACAUCAUGAAAUCCACUUAAGGCUCUCUCAGCCAUGUAUCGACAUUCGCACGCAGUCUCUGUGGGCUGUACCGAACUCUUUACAAACAGUAAUGAAGGAGGUAAUAAUGAGUCGCUAGCUGGGAUUUGAAGAACUGCUUUUGGUCUCUUCAAAAGGCUGCGAUGAUAGCGGGGGUGGCGUGGCCCCGGCCGCAGUUUUGUGGUGGCGUCACAGCAGGCUCCUUCAACUGAGCCGGGCUCCGCGCCAGAAGGAGCGUGCCUGGUUGCAGCUCCGCUCCUGAGUCAAUCUGGGAGACAGGAGAGUGGGCGGCGACGCUGCCCGGCAUAAGAGAGCAACCCUCCGAUGUACCUUCUGGAGGACUGCUAUUCAUCCAGAACUUUUAGCACACUCCCGUUUAUAAACGCUUCUGCGAAGCUCAGUCGGGUCUCUGCACUUCUUUUGAGAGAGGACGACAAACUCGCCUAAUAACUUAAGCUGUCCAAAUAACGUCAGCAAUUGCACUUUAGGAACUCUAGCCCAAAAUAAAAAAUUGCAACUGUAACAAAGAAGGGUGAGAAUCCUGCUUUAGGUGAGUAGUCUGUUUGUAUAUAUAGACUUCCUUCCAUUUGGGGGGGGGGGAUGUUAACUCCGGGAAAUAUAGUUCUAGGCUUGGAGAAAGGAAGCUACUCUGAUCAACAAAAAUAAUAGUUCAGGCUUUUGAAAUAUUUUAGAUGAUGAGGCAGUGCUCUGGGAAUGGUGAACGGAUGACUUCUCCCCCAAUGGGGAGUGUAUUUUACAGAACCACUGUAUGCAUACAAUGCAUGAAGAUCAUUGGGAAGUUUUGUUAGUGGAACCACACAGGUCUUGAAAACAGAGACUUGUAGUGCUACAUCCCUGAAAUUCCAGGGGACUUAAAAAUCACUGGAUCUCCCUCCCCAAGAGCAGAGAGAGAUAGAGAUAGUUGAUCUAGAAGAGCGAGAUCAGAUGCUGUAGCUCCCCUACACACCACCACAGAAACUUCCAUGGCCCUUGGACUACAAAUUUUGGAGCUGUAGUAUCAGAAGGACCUUAAAAGAAGAGGGAGCUGGUGCCUGGUGAGAGAUUUGCAACAUGCUGAGGGCAAACCAGAGGAAGACUUGGAUCUGAAGGAUCCAAAACUUUACCAGUCCCUCAACACAUCCCCCUAACCACAGAUAAAGCUACCAGGAACUGGUGUGGUUUUCCCCAUUGUUCCCAAAUUUGAGCAAGGAAAGAAAAUGCUGGGAAACAACAUAAGAGUCCAACUGAUAUUUAUUUUUUAAUUAUUUCAGCAUGAAUCUCAGAGAGAAAAAAAUGUUUUAAAUGAUGCUCUGAUCACAUGUUAUCCAAGGUCAUAGUUUUCCUAUCUGUUUUACAUCCCCACUCCCAUUCCCAACACAUUCUUACAUCUCCUCCUUUAUGUCAAAAAGGAUCCACCAGGGAAUUACAUUGGUUUCAGAAUUUUCUUUCAUGUUAACCAAAAGUUUUGGACACAUCAUUCCUGCUUUAAAUCUGCAGGAACCACAUAUGAUACUACUACUACUACUACUACUACUACUACUACUGUUGUUGUUAUUGUUAUUGUUAUUGUUAUUGUUAUUGUUAUUGUUAUGCAACAGCAUUGUUCCAUACAGGUUGAAGAUGUGGGGCUUUAUUAUAGUAGCAUGUUUGUGCCAAGGAAUUUACAGUUCAGAAGAAUUCAAAGCUUCAGAAAAACGUGUGACUGCAGAUACAGUGGAUCCUGAGUGUUUUAUGAAUGUUGUAAGUAAGACAUACUUUUGACUGCUAUUUCUUUGUCAUUAAACUUUGGCUUGUGCCAAAGUACUAGGGGCUAUUUCAGAUACUACUAGUAAGUAUCUAUGGGUAGUAAUAAACAGGGAAGGGUGAUGCCAUCAGGCACAUUUGCCCAGGCUUGUUUACAGACUGACCUACAAAGGUAGUGCAUAGAAAUUAGGGGAUUAACCUAGGUAGGUUCUGAGGAAAGGCUUAGUAACAGAGGAGACACCAUCCAGGGCUUUGGGGACACAGGUCCAGGGGUAUUGGGCAUCAAAUAAGGGAUGGCUCAGUCAGUAGAUCAUGAGACUCUCUAAGAGUAGUGUGAGAAAUACAGCUGCAUGUGUAAAGGAACUCUGACCAAAAAGCAGGAAGGCAAUACCUGCUUUUACCCUGAAGCAACAGAAACCCCCUUCAGGCCUGUGCUCCAGAUCCAGACUUGAAUCAUCAGGAGCAUAGGUACCUGGUUGGAACACCAUCUUUCUGUCUAAAACUCAGCUCUUAAAUACACUUUGUUCUCACCAAAUCCAUGUCAAAGGAGAGGUUUUUGGAUAGGAGAUGAUUCUGUGCUGGGAAAAUACACAUACUGAGAUUUUGGGGGAAAUGACUAGUUCUGUCUUAAGCAGUAGGAUUUUCUGCCAAGCAACAAGGAAAUCUGUCAAGGAUUUAAGAUAAUGCCUCUGUUGGGUACAUAAUGCCCCUUAGGGAGCUGCCAAAAUUAUGCAAUCAGUGCCUGGAUUGCUGCAGUAUAGACUUAUGUCCAAGUUUUUAAAAUGGGGGUGGGGAGAGUAGCCCAGGUUGCCUUUUUGGUUGCCAAAUCCUCAGCUGGUCUGCCACACAUGCACACAAUCUACUACAGUAAUCUCAAAAUCCUUUUUCCUCCUGCUUCUGUACAGUAACUCCCCACAGUCCCAUCACAGCUUCCAGAAUCUCUAGCAGCACAGCAAUGGAUCAUUAGAAGUUACAGUUGAACUUCUGGCACAAAACUGCUAUUCUCAUAUUUUUCCAAUGAAAAGGAAACCUUGGUUUUUUGGUUUUUUGUUUUUGUAAAUUUGUCAACCAUCCUUUGGUAAAUUACUCAGCUCCCAGCCACUUAGUUAUAUUUGCUUGGUUGCCUAUUUGCUUUUCAGUUUAACCCAUGGAAAAAAAAUGUUUAACAUGCAUACUCAGAAAUCUUCAGCUCAGAUGACCUGCUGUCAGAGAGUGAGUGGAACCUGAAAUGUUCCUGGAUGCUGUGGGAUACUUUCCAGGGAAAAAGCUGGGGAUCUAGCUUUGAAGCCCUGAUAUUCCUAUGGAACCAGGAGAUAAAACAGGCAGUUGACAGGUUAGGCUCCUGAGUGUCCUCUCCAGCAGUUUAGAGUUCGAGCAGCUCCUUAGUACGCCGAGGAGCUCCAAGCUACGAAACUAGCCAGACAGAGACUAAAGUAGCACAAUUCUUGCUCUGCUGCCAAAAAGAACACAUAAUCCUGCCUACUGUGUGGCAAUACAGGCAGCGAAAAUGCUCAUUUUGCACCCUCGUAUUGGAGUUAUUUUGUAUGAUCUGGGGCUUACUGAGACCCAGUGUGAGGGAGGGACCUCUGGAGCCCUCAAAGACCCACUGUGAUCAACUGGCUUAUGCACUUUGAGCAUCAGGUUUCUCAACUCCAGAGUAAUGUUGACUCGGCACUUGUUGCAACUCCUGUUUUGUGGGAUCAAUUUCACCUGAUGCAGGUGAAAUUAUUCUUAGAUCUCAGUUGCAUCCAACCACAUGCCCCCUUGCCCCCUGUCCCUCCUAAAUCUAGCAGAGGGGGACUGGUUGGUUGGUUGGGUCGAGAGUGUGGUUAAUGCUUCACAGCAUGAGAGGGAGGUCCUUGCUGCAUUGAAAGAGGUAGUAGUGUGACUUCUCCUAAGGAGAAAUGGUCUAGAUGCUUUGGAUUAGAACAGCUACCAGUCAGUGGUCAAUAUCCCCUUUUGGGGAAAAGUGGUGGAGCAACUGAAGACAUUCUUGGAGGACACAGGUGAGUUCAGGACUGGCCUUGGUCACCCUGAUGGAUGACCUUUGCAGAGAGUGGGAUGGAGGAAAGUGACCUUGCUCCUUUUUGAUCUCAUGUUGGCACUUGAUACCAUUGAUUAUGGUAUCCUCGUGGACCAGCUCCAAGGAAUAAUAAUAAUAAUAAUAAAUUUUAUUUAUAUCCCGCCCUCCCCAGCCGAAGCCAGGCUCAGGGCGGCUAACAACAAUCAAAUAAUCGAACAAUCAAAUAAUCCAACAUUCUAAAAACAUUUCAUUAUAAAAAUUAAUUAAAAUCAAAUUGAUGGCAACCGUUAAGCAAAAUUCUGUGCAGGUUGCCAGAGGAGGGAGUCAGGUUGUGCCCUGACCAAAGGCCUGGUGGAACAACUCUGUCUUGCAGGCCCUGCAGAAAGAUGUCAGGUCCCGCAGGGCCCUAGUCUCUUGUGACAGAGCAUUCCACCAGAUUGGAGCCGCAGCCAAGAAAGCCCUGGCUCUAGUUGAGGCCAGCCUAACCUCUCUGUGGCCUGGGACCUUCAAUAUGUUUUUAUUUGCAGACUGUAGGUUCCUCUGUGGGGCAUACCAGGAGAGGCGGUCCCGUAGGUACGAGGGUCCUAGGCUGUAUAGGGCUUUAAAGGUUAAAACCAGCACCUUAAACCUGAUCCUGUACUCCACCAGGAGCCAGUGCAGCUGGUAUAGUACCGGAUGAAUGUGAUCUCGCAGCGAAGACCCCAUAAGGAGUCUCGCUGCGGCAUUCUGCACCCGCUGGAGUUUCUGGGUCAGUCUCAAGGGCACUCAAAUUUGGGGCACUGCAUUACAGUGGCUCCAAUCCUAGCUUCAUGACCAAGUCCAGACAGUAGCAUUGGGAGAGGGCCUUUCAGCCCGCUGGUGGCUAUCUACAUGAAGCCAUUGGUAGAGGUGAAAUGGAUGAGAAAAAAACAAGCUGAACUUGAAUCCUGGCAAGAAGGAGGCACCAUGGGUAAGAAGCUCCCAUGUCUGAAAAUUUAACCAGUUGCCUACUGUGAAUGAGGCUGCACUCACCCUGAAGGAGUGGGUUCACUGUUUGGGGAUGCUUCUGGAUCCAGCUCUGUCACUGGAGGCUCAAGUAGCCUCAGUGGCUAGAACUGCUUUUCACCAACUGCAACUGGUUUGACAGCUGUGGCCAUUCCUGGGCUGGGAAAGCCUUGCCACAGUGGUUCAUGCAAUGGUUACUUCAAUACUGGAUUACUGCAAUGCACGCUAAGUGGGGCUUGCCUUGCGCUUGACCUAGAAGCUGCAACACGAUUGCUGGCAGGAGUGAGGCUAUACCAGCAUAUAACACCUGUGCUCAGAAAUCUGCACUGGUCACCAAUUUGCUACUGGGCCAAGUUCAAGGUGUUACAAUUAGUAUAUAAAGCCCAACAGAACUUGGGAACAGUUUACCUACUAGAUGUGCCCACUCAAUCACUUUGAUUGGUGGAAUCGGCAGUACUACAGUUGCCACAUGAUUUUCAGAGUGAAUCACCCUAUGCUAAAAGUAAGAAAUCACCAGCUGUUUAGUGGUAUUCAAUUCCAGAAGCUUCAAAAAUAAUGUACUGCAGGUGCACUUUCAGAAAGGACUGGUAAUUGAGGAACAAAGAAUUAUCAACUUGAAUGAAAUCCCGAUAAGAUUCUUUUUAAAAAAAGGAGUGAACACAAAUUCUUGACAGAAGCUCUUUCAUUCCGGUGGGAACAUCCAGAGGGAAUUCUCUUUACAAGGGAAAGAAACAACAAUGUGUGGAAGUAAUGAAAGCCGCAUCAUUUGUGAGAAAAUAUAAAAAAGACUUUGGAGAACUAGUAGAAUGUCAACUUUUAAACCUCCCCCCCCCCAAAUCUUCUCUUUUCCUUUCCUUCCUUUCUUCCCUCCUCCUCCUCUCCUUCUUGCUCCUCUCCAUCUCUAACUAUCUACUUCUUCACCUUCCUCUCUUUCUUCUACUUCGAAGAGGGUCUGGGACACAAGUCAGGCAGUCCUAAGCAGCUACCUAAUAAAGCAAAAUGCAUAUUUGAAAAAUUCAAAUGAAAUUAAAAAACUGGAAAAAGUAAAUGAGUUAGUAAGGAAAGAAAAAGAUUUAUUACAAAAACCUAGAAAUAAAGAAAUAUUGUGUUGUUGUUGUUGUUGUUUAGUUGUUUAGUCGUGUCCGACUCUUCGUGACCCCAUGGACCAGAGCACGCCACGCACUUCUGUCUUCCACUGCCUCCCGCAGUUUAGUCAAACUCAUGCUGGUAGCAUCGAGAAUACUGUCCAACCAUCUCGUCCUCUGUCGUCCCCUUCUCCUUGUGCCCUCAACCUUUCCCAACAUCAGGGUCUUUUCCAGGGAGUCUUCUCUUCUCAUGAGGUGGCCAAAGUAUUGGAGCCUCAGCUUCAUGAUCUGCCCUUCCAGUGAGCACUCAGGGCUGAUUUCCUUCAGAAUGGAUAGGUUUGAUCUUCUUACAGUCCAUGGGACUCUCAAGAGUCUCCUCUAGCACCAUAAUUCAAAAAAAGAAAUAUUACAAGAAAUUAAAUUACUACAAACACAAUAUUCUAUUGUGUUUGUCGUAAUUUAAUCACUUGUAACAUUAUAUUACAAGAAAUUAAAUAGAGAGGAAAAUAAAAGGAUUGAGGCAAAAGAAUUUUGAAUUUGAAAAUAAAUCACUUCCAGCUCUAAGAUUCUAUGAGGAUGAGCAACAGGAUCUUUAGUUCUUCAUUGGCAAAGCACUUGGUUACCUCAGCUACUAACAUUCAAAUAAAUACAAAAACACUCCCUGCUACACAGCUGUCAUGACACCUACUACUGCAUGCUUCCUUCCCGCCUUUCCUGCUAUAGCUUGCUCAAUCACCUCCUCAAUAGCAGCUCUUGCUGUUUCCAGUCCUUCAGCACCUUCCUUGAGGAUGGAGACAGCAGAGGAGAGAAGCUAGAGAAGGCUUCCUCAAGCUCGGCCCUCCAGAUGUUUUUGGCCUACAACUCCCAUGAUCCCUAGCUAGCAGGACCAGUGGUCAGGGAUGCUGGGAACUGUAGUCUCAAAACAUCUGGACGGCCGAGGUUGAGGAAGCCUGACCUAGAGGUUUCCAAAGCCAUGACUCUCAGUAUCUACAGGAUCUGAGGCCUCCUGCAGCGCUUUCUCCUCCUUCUCCUUGUCUCCCCUGUCUCUGGCUGCCAGGUCUCUUCCUUCUGACUCCCCUCUUCCUCCACCACAAGGGGCACAGCACCUCACAAGUCACUGGCCCCUUCUUUUGGAUCCUCCUUCUCCUCCCCAGUUGCUUCCUCUGCCCACAUGUCCCCCAACACCUUGGGCUCCUGCCUGUUCCUGUUCCUGCUGGUGAGUUAAGUGGGGAUGGCAGUGGAUCCCUGGAGGAUGAAUUUGACUAUUAAUUUGAUGAACUAUUAAUGUUUUAUUACGUUUUUAUAUAGGUUGGAAGCUGCCCAGAGUGACUGGGGCAACCCAGUCAGAUGGGUGUGAUAUAAAUAUAAAUAUAAAUAUAAAUAUAAAUGUAAAUAUAAAUAUAAAUAUAAAUAUAAAUAUAAAUAGGAUAUCUAUUUUAAUUGGAGAAAUGUGGGAGCGUAUGUCAUGGUUGAGGCUAAAACUUCCCUUGAUGCUUUGCCGGCCAGGGCUCCCUCUAGCUCAUGGCAGAGCUCCUUGUAGCUGCUUUCUAUCUGCUUGGGUGAAGCUGGAAACUCAGCUGUGGUGAAUUUCCCUACUGAUGGUGCACCUACUUGCUAACAGAGACAGAUGGGCAGAAGGAAGGAUGGACGGAUGGAUGGACAGCACUUAAUUACAAACGAGAUGCCUUCAAGCAAACCCAUUCUGUUUUCUCCCCAGAGUGAGAUUAUCCGUUAUCAUGGAUACCCAAGUGAGGAACACCAUGUUGAGACAGAAGACGGAUAUAUACUUACAAUCAACAGAAUACCUUGUGGAAGAUACUGUGAUGCAGACAAAGGUAAUGCCAUGGGAAAGGGUAACACCAUAACACUGACAAGCCCUACCCCAUCCCACCCUCAGUUUUGCAAUUUUUGGCCAUAAUCCUAAUCCCAACUAAUUAAGCACUGUUUAAUUAAAUAGGAAAUAAGUGUUGAGUCCAUUAAUUAGUCCCUUCAUUGAUUAUCUGGUAAGUGAAGGUUUGCAGCUCAAUGCUAGAGUAAUGUUGACAUUUGCAAACAAGUUAAUAAUGGACAUUGGUAUGCAAGGGCAACACAGGAAAAAUGCAUUGUCGUGCCAUAUGUGAAGCAAAGCCUCUUGAACAUUGUGAUCUACACAUUUCAAAUGAAGUGUCUUGGGCAGAACAAGUAAAGAUGUGAAUUGGACUAACUUCUAUUGACAGUUAAUUGGAUGAUCCAGAUCCAUUUCAAUCUGGUUUCAGGCCUGGUUAUGGGACAAAAACAGCUCUCAGUGCCUUUCAGUCCCAUUGACCAUGAUAUCCUUCUGGGUUGCUUUGCAAGGAUGAGAUUGGGAGGCAAUGUUUUACAAUGGCUCUGUUCCUUCCUGAAGGGGCAAACCCAAGAGAUGGUGCUGGGGAUUCCUGUUUGACACGAUGGCCAUUGGCCUUCAGUGUCCCUCAGGGUUUUCUUCUGUCCCCCAUGCUAUUGAAACAUUUACAUGAAACUGCCAGGAGAGGGUGUCCGGCAUUUGGGCGCUCAGUGUUACCAGUAUGCUGAUGACACCCAGCUCUAUUUUGACUUUCCACCUAAAUCCAAGGAAGCAAUCUUGGUUCUAAACCAGUGUCUGUCAUCAGUAAUAGAUGAGGGUGAACAAACUGAAACUUAAUCCAGACAAAACAGGGGUACUUUUAGUCAGUCAGAAGGCAGAACAGGGAAUAGGGAUUCAACCUGUGAAGACACAGAUUCGCAAUUCGGGAAUGCUCCUGGAAGCAUGGAUUCUCAGGUCUCUGUGGUGGCCAGGAGUGCAUUUGCACAGUUAAAGCUAGUGCGCCAAGUGUGCCCAUUCCUUGAGAUGUCUGAUUUGGCCUCAGUGACACACGCUAGCAGAAGGACAGCAAUGCAAUGUACUGUAUAUGACCUAUAAAGCCCUACACAGCUUAGAUCCAAGCUAUCUGAAAAAAAUGGUAUUCCCUCAUAUUAACGUGCCCAGGUUUUGAAAUUUUUUGGAGAGGACUUUCUCUCCAUCCCACCACCCUGACAGGCAUGUUUGGUGGUGACCUGGGAGAGGGCCUUCUUGGUGACUGCUCCCAGGCUCGGAACUCCCUAGGGAAGCUAGACUGGCUCCAUCCUUGCUGUCCUUCUGCCAGCCGGUGAAGUUAAUCUUGUUCCAACAGGCAAUUGGGAAUCGGCUGCUUUUAAUGAAAGGGCUGGUGCCGUGCCGUUUUUCUUGUAAUGGCUGAUAUGUUUUAAACAGAUUUUAUAUAUUUAUAUAGUUUAUAAUUCUAUCAAUAUUUAAUUGUAUAGUAAUGGUUGAUUUUUCUAUGUUUUAAGCAGUUCUUGGUUUUAUCUGUAAGUUGCCUUGAGACCCAUCAUGGGAAAAGGUGGGGUAUAAAUAAAUAAGUUAAUAAGAAGAAUACAUCAAAUUGUUUCCUUCCCACACUGAAAAUUGGAGUCCCUUAUAUAGAAUAUAACGGGCCAUUAACAAAGCAUCUCUUACUAUUUUACAGGUCCACGGCCCAGUGUGUUUUUGCAACAUGCUUUGCUUGGAGAUGCUACCCACUGGAUUUCGAACUUGCCCAGCAACAGUUUGGGUUUCAUAUUGGCAGACACUGGGUAUGAUGUUUGGCUUGGAAACAGCAGAGGAAAUCCUUGGUCUUCAAAUCAUAAAAAAAUGAGAAGAAACAAAAAGAAAUUCUGGGAGUUUAGGUAAGAAAACAAAGAUGGUGGAUUAUGUCAUCACAUUAUCCAUGUAGAUAUUUUCCUUUGGUUUGUGCUAAUCCUUGCCUCUUGUUUAUCCAUUACUAAUGCUAAUACAUCACCAAUGCUUGCUCAUGCAUUAUUGUGUGCAUUUCUCUCUCUAGUUUUCAUGAGAUGGGAUACUAUGACCUUCCAGCUGUUAUACACUUCAUUCUGAAUAAAACCGGGCAGGAACAACUAUAUUACAUAGGCCAUUCUCAAGGCUCCACAAGCGGUAUGUUACAGAAUGCAGGCUGUUUUCACAUGAGCAUCACAAUGGGAUGUGGAGAUAUUGUUCCAAUGACACACUGAGAAAAACCAGGUCUAGAAAGAAACAAGGCUGUCAGGGGGAAGCACAGCAUACAGCCAGCUUCUGCUAUGAUUUGGGUGUUUGUUUUUUGAAUUGGGUGCCUUUUUCUGAGGCCAAAAAGGUGCCAGAUUCAAAAAGUGCAGUCCUGGGAUGGAAGAACCACUGCGCUUGGAAGGAACUCCCAGUUUGUUCUUUGAAGCCAGAGCCACAACUUGAUUUCAAAUUGUGGCUGCAAAGAGAGAAUCUUCCCCUACAGCCAUGGCUUGGUUUAAAUGCAGGGCUGUAGAGGAAGAAAGGGAAAAUCUGUGCUCCUGAUUCUUCUUUGCAGCUGCAGGUUUCAACUCGGUAUCACUGGCAUUCAAAUGUGCCGUAUCGGGGAGUGAGAAUGUUGAGUCUCUAACUUGUCAGCAGAAUCCACUUUCCCACCCCUGGUUCAGUAGGAAAUUGCCUGAUACAAACCGUGGAUGCACAUAGCUCAGUACUGUUCACACCAGGGAUGGAGAACUUGUGGCCCUCAUAAUGUUUGUUGUUACACUGUCACUCCCAUUAUACUUGACCAUUAGUCAUCCAGGCUGGGGGUCCAACAUGUUCUGGAAGGCAACAGGUUCCCUAUCCCCAAUCUAUACUGGAUAGGAGCUUCUCUCCACAUUCUUGGACAGGUAUCUCACAUGGACCAAUGUACAUCAUCCUAGUUAAAAAGGGCAGAGCAGCAAGUGGAACUGAGCUAUCCACCCCCUUGCAUUCAGCAAGGCUCCCCUUCUUUAUUUAAAAGAUUUAUAUUUUGCUUUACAAUCAAAAUGCUUCCCAAAGUGACUUACAAAAAUGAACACAAAUAAAUCAUAAUACAUUUUAAAAACCAGAUUAAAAACAGGCAUUGAAUUCCAUUUUAGACAGUACAAAAUAUUAUGAAAACCAGCAUAAACUAACAUGACCAUUCCAACCCCCCAAGACACCAACUAGCCAUUGAAAGGCCCAACAGGAAUGGAAUAUAAAGCUAAAGGCACUCAACACGAAGGAAGACAAUUACAUUUUUAUCAACUGUAAGGGCUGUGAGUAUUCUAGAAAGGUGAAGAAACUGACAGCUUGCUGAUUUAGGAUAAAUUUUAUUUUCUCAGGUUUCAUAGGAUUCUCUACUUGGCCAAAACUGGCUGAAAGAAUCAAAGUAUUUUUUGCUUUGGCACCUAUAGCCACAGUGACAUUUUCCACAACCCCACUCAUAAAACUAGCGGAUAUUCCUGACAUGUUCCUGCACGUAAGUCUUUCUGGGCACUAUUUAUAUGAGCACAGAUUAGGCACAGAGUUGAGUAAAGAUCUAUAUUCAUAGUCCGUGUGUGUGUGUGUGUGCGCGCGCGCGCACACACACACACACGUAUAUGCUAGUGCCAUCACCCUGCUCUCAUUUGUUUGCCAAACUCAGCGUGCCCCGCUAUUCUUCCCUAAGGCCCUAAGAGUGCUGUAACAGUUUCUUAUAAUUUACUAAGGAGUGUCCCAUUAGAUCUAUGGUGGGGGGAGGCAAAGCAGGAAGUGGCACUGUCAGGUACGGGGGCUCUCUUGGGCCCCUUCAGCACUCUGGCCACUAUCCCCAGUCACAGCAGUUAUUCUCCUGUCCAACCCAACCUGCCAUAUUUGCUGGUCCUACUGCAGUCUCAUUGACAUUUGCAAUGAAGAAAAAGGCAUGCAGCCCGGUUUGUGUUGCAUGUCGGGAGCUCUCCCCUAUCCAGUGUGGGCAGGAGAGUUUGCAUAGCAAAUGCUCUUCCUCCCAAGCACAGUACCACUGAGGGAAUUGUGAAGCAGCUCCAGCUGAGGUGUCAUCUGGAAGCAGCGGAAAUGCCCUGAGAGGAACCUGAGCUGGAGAGCAGGAGGUGCUUGAAGCACAUCUGGGCUCUCCUUCGAGGGCUUUGGAGCUGCCUCCCUCCUUCCCUCCCUCCCUCUGCUCAUUGGCAGCAGGACUGGACUUGUGGCAUCAGGAUUUUAAGCAGCCUUCUGUCUAUUUGAAAAUGAUGCUAAUAGAAAAUAGGAAAUGAGCUAUGCUACAUAAUGACAUAGGAAGCAGGAAAGGCACUUAAGUGCUAUGGAAUGAUGCAGCUUGGCUGGCUCCUCUUCCACAUCCUGGCAGUGCCAGUUGCAAAAUGGGCAUCUACUGGCCACCCAGACUGCUGCUGCUGCUAGCUUAGAGGCAAAGGUAGAUCUGCUGAGAUUUUGGCGGGCGCAGCAGCCUGAGAAACCACUAUAGACUUCCUUCCCUCCUGCCUCCAUACACAUUCCACAACAGUGGGACUCUGUGGGAAUAGGGUGUUGAUCUUUAUUUGGUUUAGUGGUAGCUAAUUUCAAAUAUAUUAUUUUUCAGGCAAUAUUUGGCCAGAAAAAUGUUUUUGAUUAUGCUAUACAUUGGAAAAAGCCAGUCUCUUGGUUUUGCACUUAUCAGCCUAAAUAUUGUGUCAAAGUUCUUUCCUUUGUGGCUGGAUAUAACACCCCCAAUUUCAACCUGGUAAGUUAUAUUCUUGUCUUUGUAACACUUAAUGGAAAUUUUAGGGGAGCUUGUGUUUAAGUAGGUUAGGUAUAAGGGAAAGAGACUGAUGACCCUGGAAGUCAAGCUGGAACCAUGACACAUACCAAAAACAACAACAAAAGAGUUGCGGGCAGGGACAGCACCAGAUUGCUCUUGGCUCAGUGUUAUUGAUGGUCCCCAGAACACACACAAAGCAAUUUCAUAGAUUUAUGGGAAUUAAAUUUUAGGUAAAUCAAAAUGGCAGGUGGCCACUGGGGGCGGGGGCAAAGCUUGGCUCCCAUUCAAACGUGGCGCUACCACUCACUAACCACUAAAAUGGGUUCGCAGUGAGCUGGGUAGAUACCAGACAGACAACACGGACCUGGUUCUGGAGCUUUAUGCACAGUCACUAUACUGUUGUCAUUGCUUAUAUGUUACACACCCAAUCCCCUGAAGUGAGUUGUAGUCCAAAUGGCAAGGGCAGGGCAAGACCUUCUGCCCCUGAAGGGUGAUUCUUUCUCUUGAAAACUAGCCCUGCAAUCCUAGGUGAGUUUAUGAUGAGCAAACAUGCAUAGGCUUAAGCUUGGGCACAUGUGACUUUGAGGUACUUCCUGUUGUUGGAUUAGAAACAACAACAACAACAACAACAACGAAUAAAUAAAUAAAAAUUUCUACCUCAUCCUUCCUCCCUAGAGGGAGCACAUCAAUGGUAGAACAAUAGAAUUUAAAAUAAAUUAAAAGCAUAUUGUAAAUAAUUAAAAACAUCUAUAACAUAUAGAUUGUUCGGGGUUGCUGGAGUUGAGGAUAUAUUAUAUCUAAGCUUAAUGAGUGCUUAAGCUUUGUUAUGUAAAAGCUUCCAGGUUGAAAUUAUUGAAAUGUGGAAAUGGAUUACCAGUUCUCUCCUCUGUCUAGGGGUAGCAAAGAAUUCCCAUUCCACCUUUAUGAUGAACAUUUGUUUCAUCACACAAGUUCUCAGGAAGGAACACAGAUCUGCAUCACUUUCCCUCUAAUUCUGUGCACAAAGUAUUGUUACGUAUUAUGUAUUCAUGGAGAAGUCAUGCAAAUGCAUCUAAUCCAGGAUGGCAAUUUUGUUGACCCCUGUCAAUCCAAGAGGCUUCCUGUAGGUACACAUGCACUCUAGCGGUAUGGAUGAGAAGCUGAAAUGGAUAGGCAGGAAGUCCUAAUGGACUGUGAGCUUCCUGCAGCAUGUCUGAACCACUAGAUUCCAACAAGUCCCCUUUGAAUUCUAGUCCUACAGUCAGACUGGGCUGGCAAACCUGUGGUCCUCUAGUUGUUGUUGGACUCUAUCUGUACCUCAUCUUCAGACAUCAUGACUGUUGUAUAUUCAUUUCUCUGGGAAAAAGAAAGGUCUUUGCAUGCUGUUGAAAAGGGAAAAGUGCAAAUAUCAGGUGAGGCUUCCAGAACAGAGCAUCAUAGCAGCGUAAGCCAUGUAGACUGUUCUAUUUCAGAGCCGAAUGGACGUGUAUGCAAGCCAUUCUCCUGCUGGAACAUCUGUGCAAAAUAUGUUUCAUUGGAAACAGGUAUAUUGAAUUUUCAAAUAUUAUGUUUCUUCGAUAUUUAUUAAAAUGCCAUUGAAGAAAUUCAUCAUAGUGCUAUGUCAAUUGAUCUGGCAAGACAAGCAUUUUGGUUUACCAGACAAAAUGAUCCCCACUCUCCUCCUCCCCCCAAGCGGUUCCAUGGGUCCUCUUGACACACACACACACCCUGAGCCAACUUGAGAGGAAGGUGGAGGCAUGCAGGGGGGAAAUACCCCUGUUUGGGAGUUUCCUCCCCAUGUGUAAUUGAAAUUUCAGAAAGGUAGUUCCAUGCAAGGACUUUCGUGCUAGCCAGCUUUACAAUUCCCUUCCCCCCCCAAAAAAAAGAUUAUAUAUUUUUUAAUGACUGAAGCGUGCGCGCGCGCGCACACACACACACACACACACACACACACAAAACUAUGGGGUUGCAGCACUCAUCUUGCUUUCAGGCCAAGGGAGCCGGCAUUUAUCCACAGACAGUUUUCCGAGUCAUGUGGUCAGCAUGACUAAACUGCUUCUGGCACAACGGGACACCGUGAUGGAAGCCAGAGGGCACGGAAAGGCCGUUUAGCUUCCCGCUGCAGCAGUACCCAUUUAUCUACUUGCACUUUGAUGUGCUUUCAAACUGCUAGGUUGGCAGGAGCUGGGACAGAGCAACAGGAGCUCACUCCGUUGCGGAGAUUUGAACCACCAACCUUCUGAUUGGCAAGCCCAAGGAGGCACAGUGGUUUAGAUCACAGUGCCACCUGCACCCCUGUUCUGUUCUGUAUAUGUAUUGGACUGUGUGCAGUUUGCUCACAAGACUUACUCACACAUGCACAGUGGUGGAGGAAGGGGGUGCGGGGUGUGUGCACACCACCCCGGGUGUCAUUACUGAGGGUGUGUGUGACAAAAUGAGGGCUUUUUUGUUUUUAAAAAUGGCCUCACGAAACUUUUAAGGAGUGACCAUGGUGGCUUAGGUGCCUGCAGGUUCCACGCUGCCUGAAAUGGCAGCGUGGGACUUGCUUCUGCCUACCGCCUCUCCCUCAGCUGCCCUACAGCUGAGGGGGAGGCGGUGGAGAGGCUCCAUGCGGUGGAGAGGCUCGCCCCGCCCUUAUGGGUGGAUCGCCCCACCCCCAGCUGCAGGACACACACCCCUCACCAGGCACCCGAGCGGCUAGCUACACCGCUGCACAUGCAUGCAUACAAGAUAGAAGUACUAAUAAGGAGAAGUACAUGAAGCAGAAUGCAGCUAUAAAUAAACCUUACCUUAAAAAGUAGGACCAAAAUGAGGGAUAGUCGUAAGGGAAGCGUGACACCACCUAUGUAACCAUAAGGCUAAGACAAACACAUCAAACUUCACAUACACACAGACACAGGAAUCUGGGAUUAAUUGGGAAUGGGGGAGGAGAGAGAGAAAUCAAAGGUUGGACAAAACAGAGGCUGGACCAACUUUUUCUAAGAAACAGUGUGAGCCCUGCAACUGGAGAGUGUUGCUGAGAUUCUAGCCCUGCAGCUCUGUAUCAGCCAAGUCCAGAUCUCCUCCUCCCACCAUGGCAUUUUCUUUAUCUGAUUGUCUUUUGCAACAUUUUGGAGAAGGCUGUGUAGGGUCUUAUGCACCAAACCAGCACCUUGAACUUAGCCUGGUAGCUAAUUUGGCAGGUCAGUUCUUUGAAGUCUGGUUUUCUUAUCUAACUUUUCUAUUCCAUGUUUCGAAACAGUUAACCCAACUCUUCCCCAUUCACUUUCUGUAUUUCUCCCAUCUCACUUUCCCUUGGGCUCUGACUUUCCCACACACAACUAGAGUCUCUUAUCUCUGUCAUUUUUCAACCCAUGCUUUCUACUUGUUUUAAACUGUGCCGAACAUCCUAUUCCACUUCCCUGCUGCCAAUCAUUCUAGCUUUUCUGUCACAGCAGGAUGUUUAUUAUUUGCGUCUGCAGAUUUUGUAGUUAUCUACAGAAUGGCUGGAAGCAGCUUCCUCCGAUGUUUGGAAUCAAGGAAAGGAUCAUGUGGCACAUGAAAUCUGACUCUAUCUAGUACUUCCCAGAAAAUAAUGCAAUGGGAUUCCAUCCAUGUACUCAUGUGGAAAUAAAGCAACAUUUUAAAGAAGCAGUGUAUUAAUCCAUACAGUGGUACCUCGGGUUAAGAACUUAAUUCGUUCUGGAGGUUUGUUCUUAACCUGAAACUGUUCUUAACCUGAAGCACCACUUUAGCUAAUGGGGCCUCCUGCUCCCGCUGCGCCGCUGCUGCACGAUUUCUGUACUCAUCCUGAAGCAAAGUUCUUAACCCAAGGUAAUAUUUCUGGGUUAGCGGAGUCUGUAACCUGAAGCGUAUGUAACCUGAAGCAUACGUAACCCGAGGUACCACUGUAGUUGAUUUAAAAAAUGUUUUCUGGAACUAUUAAAUGAUUAUAGACGGAUAUUCAUAAUGAGACCAUUAUAGCAAUCUAUCCAAAGAACAGGGAUAAAUAACAGCAGCCUAUCUUAUAGGGCUGUUUUGUCAAGAUUGCUGAAAUCCUACAUAUGACACUUUUUGCAUCUUUGGAAAUUAUACAUUUUACAAAAAUGCACAAUUUAUUUCUAGCUGCGUCUGAGAAAACAAUUUGAAGGAUAUGACCAUGGUUCGGAGGAAAAGAAUAUGGAGAAGUACAAUCAGGUAGGGCAGUGUUUGAAAUCAGAAUAACAUCUCUGAUAGGUAUAUUUCACAUGGAAACUUUUUUGAUACUAUUUCCCACUUAAUACAGGUUAGAGAGGGACCACAUUAGAUUUAUGUUUAAAGGCAUGCCUAUGUCAGGGAGCUGAGCUCAGCCCCCAUCCUCGCAUAUUUUUUACUGUUAUCUAAAGUCCAUUUUAUUAUCUUGGAUGUGUUCAAAUUUACACACUAUUUUAGCAAACAUUCUGUUGUGUGCAAUUUGGAGGUAUUUUACAGGGUUUUUUGUAGUUUGCUUGCUAGUUGACUGAAUGUUUUUAAGUGUAGUUUAAAAUAGGUUUCAUUUCCCUAGUUUUUACAUUACUAUACAUAAUGUGGAAUAACGUCUGGCUGGAAUUGUAAUUUACAAGUGUAAUAAUUGAGAGGUAGAUUAUGAAAAACUAUAUAUGUUUUCAGAAAUACAGUGUGCUGAGACACAGUUUAUACGCCACUGACAAAUGGAUUUUGGUUGUGAAAAUGGUUCAGUUACAUAUAUAAUACCCCAGUAAUCUUGCCUUUGGAUAUAUUAUACUAUAUUGCACCGGUAGGCAAACUAAGGCCCGGGGGCCAGAUCAGGCCCAAUCACCUUAUCAAUCUGGCCCGCGGACAGUCCAGGAAUCAGCGUGUUUUUACAUGAGUAGAAUAUGUCCUUUUAUUUAAAAUGCAUCUCUUGGUUAUUUGUGGGGCAUAGGAAUUCGCUCAUUAUUUUCCCCCCAAAAUAUAGUCCAGCCCCCCCAAAAGGUCUGAGAGACGGUAGACCGGCCCCCUGCUGCAAAGGUUUGCUGACCUCUGCUAUAUUGCUUCAAGAUUCCUGGCCAGAGGGAAGUUACGAGCAACCUGUGUAUAGUCCUAUUUUGUUUUAUAGGUUGCCUUGUUUUUUACAUCAUCUGCUUGGAAGGAAGUUUUUAGUGGUCAUUACUGUUGUUGUUUUAUCCUCAGACAACCCCUCCUGUAUACAGGAUAGAAGAUAUUCAAAUACCGAUCGCAAUAUGGACUGGAGGGCAAGACUUGUUUGCACACCCAAAUGAUGUAAAACUAUUACGCCCACGGAUUACUAACCUCAUUUAUGAAAAGUAUAUUCCCGAAUGGAACCACCUAGAUUUUAUCUGGGGAAUUGAUGCAACUGAGCGCAUGUAUAUGGAGAUCAUAGAGAUAAUGAAGAAUUAUCCAUAG